UACUACACACUUUUAUUCCUGCUGUCGUGUCCCCUCCUGCACUCAUUUAUGCUCUGUUACAUAAAGUCAUGUCACAGUAGCACAGCCUCUGGGAGAGUAGGAGGGACUGAAGUUCAACCUCGCAACUGGGAUGUGCUAGCUAUAGAGGCAGAAUCUCUCCCCGGUUUCAGCAGAGAGGUGUGCACAUAGAACAGCACAACAUAUAACAAGUGCUGGAGUCUUUUUUCUUCCCUCUCUAAGCAGUACAACUUUGCAGAAAAAUUCAGAGAACACAAGUUUCUAUAGAUAUCAUUUUUUUUUUUAAAAUCUGUUUUAGAAGUCAGAUUGCAAAGAAAGUGGGUUAUCGACACCGCACUGUACUAGGAGUCCUAGUGAAUCUUUUAAGGUGCUGAAUAACUUAAAUGAGCAUGUCAGAAGAAGACGGCUGCCGAUCUCCGGUUGGCCUGGACUGUUGUAGCUGCUGUCUUGACCUGGCCAACAAAAGUGAGGUGGAAGAAAGCAAUGGAGAGAAUAACAACAUAAUUGUCAGCAAUUUCCGUCAGCUGCGAGAGAAGCUAGUCUUUGAGAAUCUAAAUGCAGAUAAGUUAAACACCAUCAUGAGACAGGACUCUAUGGAACCUGUUGUGAAGGACCCCUGCUACCUCCUAAAUGAAGGCAUCUGCAACAGCAACAUAGACCAGACCAUGCUGUCCAUCCUCUUGUUCUUCCACAGGUGGGUCAAAUAUCUUAAAAUCUAUUUGAUAGGUAUAAUGAUUAGAGCUUUAAUUAAUGGUAUUAGACUGGGUUGUAUUGUUCUAGCAUUUCUAGCACAAACAGACCAAGAAGAGAAAUAACGAGUUGAAGAGAAGAGGCGUUUAUUUCAUUCUAUGUUUUAAUUCAAAUGAGGUUGUUCACUAAAGUGUGAAGUGUCAGGAAUGCAAAUGAAUUACAAAUUUGUAACCAAAACACACACUCCUUACUUACCUAACGACUUCCUUUCCAUGAACCGGUCAUAGAACGGCUUGGUCGGUAAGUGAGGAGUUAAGGGAUUACCUGUUCUUGUGCGAUCGUCUAUGUUCAAGGAAGUUUCCCAAACAUAGACAUGCGCAACAUAGCAGGGAAUCCCCACGAUGGCUCGCACUUAUGCCUGGUCGUAAGUGCAAGCCGUCGUAAAACAGGUAGUUCGCUAAAUGACGACCACCUGUAUAGCCAAGCUGAAAACAUAGCUGACUCUAAGAAAAUUUCCAUUGUAUCUAAUGGCUCUAAAAUGUUAAAUUCACUGUGAAUUGCAGUUUCAAUAGUAACCUGUGAAUUGUAGACCGUUUACAUUUUUGUGAAUAACCCCUAAUGUGUGAGCUUUCACUUUCUAACCUUUCACAUCUAAUUUAAAGGGACACUGUAGGCACUUUAACAACGUAAUUUUUUUAAUCUUACUUUCUGACACUCAUACUGUAACUACUGUGACGUGACGCGUGCAUGCGCAGAUGUCAAUGCACCACUAUUAGGAGCUUUGGAUAAUGCAAACCGUGGAGGAUGUCACUGCUGCACCAAGAGAGACUCAGCGCUGGAGAAAAGGUGAAUAAUUUGUUUUCUUUUUAACUCAUUCAUUUUUAUUUAUUUUACACAAUGGGGGGUAAUUGGUAGUGUUAAGAAUACAGAUCGGUAUUCCUAACAUAACACUAUUCCUUCAAAGUCCUCAAUAUAGUUUAGACAGAACUUUGACAUGUGUAAUCAAUCAAUGGGACAGAAGACAAGGGGAAAACAAUGUUUUAAGAUAUAUGAGAAAGGAAAUUGCAACAAAGCAUUAGUAUUCUCAGAUACAAACAGAGAGAUGUGAGGGAGAUCAUUCUUGAAAAGCAUAACAAUCACCUUAACUACUCCAUGUUUGAUAAAAAAAGAUUUUGGGCAGAGUCAGCUGGAAAUGUUAAUUGGAGAAUGUUCAACAAGAAGUGACUACUUAACCCCUUAAGGACCAAACCUCUGGAAUAAAAGGGAAUCAUGACAUGUCACACAUCUCAUGUGUCCUUAAGGGGAUAGAGAGCUACAUUAAAUGGCUUAUCUGUAUGCUGCUAGUUUAAAAAAAAAAAAAAACACACAGGAUUAUUUACUAAAGUGAAAAAUCUAAGUGAAUUUCAAGUUUACAGAGUAUUUUUCCAGUGCAGCUCUUUUGACAUUAAAUGUAAAAUCCACUUUGAAUUCUCACUUUAGUACAUAACGCUGUCAGAUUAUAAAGAAAAAAACGAGAAUGUACUUUUCACGAACAGCAUCAUAAAUAUCACCUUUAGAAAAGAUCUGUACAGCGAACAAAGCCACCAAGAAAUCUUUCUUCCUCUUUUAGUCAUGACAUAUAUCCUCCAGUCCCGUAACUAUCUGGCUGCUCUGGUAACCCCGCUUGCUCAAGCCUAUGUCUAUAAUCAGAAGGGAGACAAUAUAUCAUUGCACAGAGCUAUUAAGCAAGGAGAAAAAGGGAACAUUGAUAGGGUUCACACAAUCACCCCCUUCCCCCCCAUCCUUGACUGAGUCUGCCUUUAACAAAUAGUCAAAUUACCCUUAGUAGAGAGGACAACCCCUUGCAGGGUUAUUGGCUAGAAUAUAAAAUAUUUUGAAUUCCAAGGAAAUGUAAAAUGUUUACCCUAAAUGAAUGAGCUGAAAACAUCGCUGAUUUGGAGAAUUUUUCUAGUUCUGCUAGUUUAGUCUAAAUGUGAAACACUGUCAUAGUUGCAUACCAAUGCGUAUGGCAAUUUGGACAUUCAUAUAUAUGGUAAUUGUAUUGCUUAAAUUGAUGCAAAUUUGUCCUGACAUUAUGAAAACAGGAAAAAGUAUUUAAAAAUAAUAAAGAGUAAAAAUGUUUAAAUUAUAACAUUAUAACCGUUUAUUAUUAGUACUGAAUUUAUGAUUCACUCUGUAUAGAUAGUUGGGUGGAUAUAUUGCUUGUAACAGCAGACUAUAAACUACAGAAAACAGUGCUCCAAUAUUGGCAUUCUCUGUAAAUGAUAGUGAACUGAAUUGCAUCACAUGCAUCAAAUCUUGGCUCAAGUGAGGAUAUUUAAGCCUUCUACAAGUGGAAAAAAUAAGGCACUGCAUUGACUGCUUUAAGGAAAGGAUAUAAAGGACUGAUAGGGUAAUAAUUAUGGGAUGGUUGUUGAUACUUUUUAUAUAUGUUCUUGGUGUAAAUAUGGGUGUCCAACCUUGAACCUCCAGCUUGAAGGGCCAAGGUUGGACAGGUCUAAAUGAUGUAUGAAUGUAGCAUGAACAUUUAUAUCCCACAGGAAUGACACAAAAAAUUUAACUAUUUUUAAUAAGCUUUUGUUAAAAGGACAUUCCAGACCCCAGAAAAAAAUAGAAUUUGGCACAAUUAUAAUUUAACCCUGCUACACCCUCCUAACUGUCAAUCACACAACUGGUUCUGUUACUUUCUGGUCUGUUUAGCUCAAUGGAGUUAAACGUAAGAGGCAGCAAGAGCUCUGAGUACCUGCCUCAAAAAGACUUCUUAUUGAGCUGCAUUCGUAAGUCUGUGAUUUGACAGAUACAGGCAGUCUGGGCGGGGCUAGAAUGGGAGGGCUUGCAAAGGCUUCAGACAAUAGAUAUGCUGCUUUUUCCAGCUGUUUUUAGAUGUAAUCCCAAUGCAAACAUGCAUAAUUAAAUGCAUGCAUGUUUUCAGUGAUUUUGAAAGUGUUGCCCACAAACGAUUGAGUGGCUUCCCAGAGACUGUUUGUAGUGAGUUAGUGGAAGGCAGCACAGGCUGCCCUCUAUAUUUAGAAUGUAUUAAACCUGCUCGUACUUCACUACCUUGACAAGGAACAUCUCUCCAGAGAAAAUUUUAGCUACUUUACCUGAACCAGAAACUUUGGUUCUUGUGCACAUCUUUACAGACAUUCAGAUAAUUUAAUGACGUUAUAGUAGAGUGGUUCACACACUAAACCUGGAAUUGUGUGAGAAUCAAGAAGAGAAUUGCACAUCCUAAGUCAAAAUGACCAAUCUGAAAAAAUAGCUUUGUUGUAGCUAUUUAAACCUUAGAAAUUCACCAUCAAUUAUAUCCACAUAUUCCAUUUUAAUAAAUACAUCUACAGAGUUACUUGUAGUAUGUUUUAUAAUGUUUAUAUAUUAUCAUUUAAGAUGCUAACCCAGUUAUCUUUAUACUUUGAAUAAUCUUGUAUUUGUACUUACUAUUAUAUUAUUCUUAUUAUAUAUGUGUUUUUAAUUCAUUAUGUUCUUAUUUUUUGUAACACUGUGGAAAAUAUUACACAAGAGAAUAGCAUUUAUACAUAAAUUAUAUUUCAAUUCAUAGUUUUUUAUUUCCAAAUAACUUUCUUAUUUCUAAACAAUGUUGUCCACAAAUCUGUCAUAAUACGAUUACUUUAUCUACACCCUAAGAAAUCUAUUAUCAUGAAACUACCAAUAAAACAACACUUUACACAUGAUUUUAGUAAAAAAUAUAUAAUUUUUCUCCCAUUUUUUUCACAUCACCUUUCCGUUAGUGCUCAGUGGGAGGCUUCUACUGAAAUAAAAGUUUGAACGCUAUCUACGUCUAUAAAUUACUAUCAAUAUUAUCACAGAGAAAUAGAACUGGGAUAUUCUGGACUUUAACACUUAGUACGUGAGAGAGCAGUUCAGCACUGAUAUUACUAGUAAGAAAACAAAAUGUUCCUCUUGUUUAUGGGACUUGGGCAGAGCACAACUUGCCAACAAUGAAAGGCUCAGCACCCUGUCUUAAGUGUUAUUCGUGGCAUGUGAAAUAUGGUCACAAGCAUUUACUGUCCUUGUCACGAAAGGUUAAUCAAGGACCUUCAACAUUACUGAGUGAGUUGUACAAUUGAAAGGCUGAGCUCCAAGUUGACAUCUGAAAUUACUAUUCUAAUUUAUGCUUUGGAAUAGACUGUCUGUGGAUUAGUUAGAUUCCUGCACUGAUUUAGCACUUUAUGAUAGUUAAUGGUUCUUCUGGAACGUGGAACUUCAGAUGUCCAACUGUGUUCUUUUUAGCUGUGCGACUAAUUAUGGCUUUAGAAUGACAGUGGAGAGACAAACCAUAACAAGACAAUGUGGUAUACCAAGGAACAAACAGUACAAUCCGCUGAGGCUCUAUCAGAAUAUCACAAACUUUCCAAAUGUUUGGUUUGUUAGUAAGCAUAUAUUUCUAAAACAGUGGAAUUAAGUGUAUGGCUAGGUGAAGGAAGAGUUGUUCAGACAUGUGUAAAGAUUUCUACGAGAGAUUUUAAUACUAAACACGAGCUUAUAUUCAUGCACGUGUACAGGUUAUGAAAUUCGUUUUCUACCCUCUGGGGACUGUAGUAGAAAUGCUUACUCUUAAAUUCCUCUGAGUAACAUUUUUGAGCACUGUUUAUACAAUUAUUUGUAAGUUAGCUAUCAUUUCUUUUCAAUUUAUAAUCUUCAUUCAAAAAAUGGUAUACAUCAGAUGUAUAGACAAAAAAAUUAUAGUAAACAUUUUAAAUAGUCAUUUGUUAUAACCAUACAAUUUAAAUGCAACCCAUAAAUUAUGCCACAAGCAAUGAGUUUACAACUCUAGGUAUUCAAAAAAGAAAAAUAUAUGCGGAGAAGACGGCGCUCAACAUUUUCUAGAGCAACUUAAUUUUAUGUUGAUUUUCAUUAGUGAAAUGUGUUCCUUACGAAGUCAAUGGGAUCUUAACCCAGGACAGGAAUUUAAAGUUUGGAAACGAUCAGCAAAUAGUAAAAUUGUAGACCAUUAUGAGGAUGUGCAUAUUCCCAGAUAUUUGUUAAAGGACCACUAUAGUGCCAGGAAAACAUAUUCGUUUUCCUGGCACUAUAGUGCCCUGAGGGUGCCCCCACCCUCAGGGUCCCCCUCCCGCCCGGCUCUGGAAAGGGGAAAGGGUUAAAAACUUACCUUUUUCCAGCGCUGGGCGGGGAGCUCUCUGCUUCCUCUCCUCCUCUUCUCCUCCUCCUGGACUGAAUGCGCACGCGCGGCAAGAGCUGCGCGCGCAUUCAGCCCGUCGCAUAGGAAAGCAUUUACAAUGCUUUCCUAUGGACGCUUGCGUGCUCUCACUGUGAAAAUCACAGUGAGAAGCACGCAAGCGCCUCUAGUGGCUGUCAAUGAGACAGCCACUAGAGGAAAUAGGGGAAGGCUUAACCCAUUCAUAAACAUAGCAGUUUCUCUGAAACUGCUAUGUUUAUGAAAAAAUGGGUUAACCCUAGCUGGACCUGGCACCCAGACCACUUCAUUAAGCUGAAGUGGUCUGGGUGCCUAGAGUGGUCCUUUAAGAACUUUCUUUUUUCAGAAAUCAAUAUGACAUUUUCAGGUAAGUCAACAACAAGUUGUGAUGCCAAGGGGUGGUGGAUUGGAGAGUGGCAUAUCCCACACAGCCAAGUAGACCUGAUUGGGGGCCUAGCAUUAAAUGUAUGAAAUAAAUUAAAAGUAAUAGAGUGAGGACAGAGAUAGAGAAUGGAAGGAAGCAGUAAAUAGUAACACGAGGGGCAGUAUCACCCCAGUUAUUGUUGCAAUGAGAAAUGUAUAUAUGUGGUAAGGACUAGUGACAAAAAAUAGAUUGGAUCUGCUGUGAUUAGUUCACAUAUUGUUGGGUAUCUUUUAAAACAAUGUCUGUAUAUAGACCCCAUCUGACGUGAAUAGUUAGUUCUAACAUACUUUCUGAGGUAAUUUUGCUUAGCUUUGAACUGUCAGCUGUUGUUAUUGUUGAGUCUGGUGGGAAGGGUAUUGGAGGGCCCCAUUUGUAGCUCUCUAGACCCUCCCACAGAUUAUUAUAUGUGAUAUUGAAUACCUUGAUAUAUUAUUGAAUAACUACUAGCCUACUCCCUGGCAAAAUAUAUACUAAAGAGCCUACAAAGAUACCCAGAACACUUAAUCUUGAAGUCCCGAGUGCAGUGGCCCUGUCAGUUUUAUCCCUCAAUGUAAAACAAUGCUAUUCUGUAUAAAAACACGUUUACAUGUUAGAAGAAAAUUUAAUCCUGACAGCCACUAGGGGCUAUUUAUCCUCCAGAAUCAAGUGAGACUUUGGUUGGAGCGUCACCAAAAUGUAGGUUCUUAUAAUUAAUAAAAUGUCCCUUGCAGCACAAUUGCACAAACAUAUUGCCUGUCACUGAUUUAUUUUAGAAAUUUCUGUACAAGGGGAAGUGGAAAACUUAGCCUGCCAUUAAGGUGCACUAAGUAGCUUCUGCAAAAAUGUGCAACUAGUGAAAGAAUAAAAUCAGGUUUUAUUUUCUUUCAGCAUGCUUUGUCAAAUGUAUUCCUGUACUUUUAGUGCUCGGCAUAAUGAACUUUAUCUAAAAUAAGUGAGAAGUCCAAACCAUCUGUGUAUUUCAAUAAAACAUCAAUUAGACACUUUUCAAGAAAUGUUUUCAAAACUUUACAUACUCAGUAUGUUGUGUUAUAAUAGUGAUUCAAAUCUACAACCUGUGACUUAAUAAAUCUAUGAUUAAAACAGUAAUAACUGUAACAGCUUAAUUUUACAAUUACAAAAUAUAUAUGUUUAUAUAAAGACCAGCUAAGUUGACAAUAUUCUUUCUUUUUAGGACAUGUCUAUGGUAAAACAGGCACAAUGGUCCACUUUGGGGGCAAGGAGAGGUCCACUGGAAUUGUGGGGCUUCCGCUUCCAGAUGUAGUCUGACAUCAGGUGAAAGGCUAAGACAGGGUCCUAGUCCAUCAGGUGAAAGGCUAAGAGAGGGCCCUAGUGCAAAACAUUUUUUGGACCUCCUUUUAGAGCAAGGCCAAAAGGUAAAUCCUCAACUGUCAUGCAAAUCCCACAAUGCUUUGCCAACUGGGGAUCUACUAUUUGGCCAUCCUUGCAGGGUUGUAUUUGUGAACAGUGGUUGUGUGUUUGAAUGUAAGCAUGUUUUUGUAUUGUGUAUGUGUGUUUGAAUGUAGGAGUGUAUUUGGAUGUAGUUACCAUUUAAUUGCAGUGAUGUGUUUGUAUGUAAUGUUGACGUUUGAAUGUAGCUGUACGUUUGUGUGUAGUAUUGGUGUUUGAACGCAGGAGUGUGUAUGUGUACUGUUUUUUCGUUUGAAUGCAGGGGUGUAUUGUGUGUAGUGUUGGCAUUUAAAUGCAGGUGUACAUUUGUGUGUAGUUUUGGUGUUUAAAUGCUGGGAUGUAUGGAUAUAUACACACGCUUCACACUUCUGACACAUACACACACACAGAGAUAAUCACACAUUUUGACAAAGAUAUACAUAGACAAAGAUAAACACAUUCUGACAGACACAGAGAUGGUGGCUUCCCUGGGAUCCAGAUUUGUCUGAGGUGCAGGCUCUCUCCCACUUCAUUUCUCUGCCUCCCAUUGUGGUGCUCUGUUAGCUGGGAGGAGGUGGCCUGAGUUAACUUCCUCAUAGCACUGCCACUCUUUCAGGGGCUAGGUUGUGCUAUGAAAGAGCCCCAGCUCCUGACCAGGCCCCUGAUCAGAGAUGCCCACUGGAUGUCAGUAAGUGUGAGAAACAUCCGAUGCCGCUUGAGGCUUCUGUGCUGCUUCACCGACAGUAGUUCCGACAGUGGAAGCAAUGUAAAAUGACCACAUUAUUAUCAAUAAUGUUAUGUAGCAACUGUAAAGUAAAUAGUUACUGCCACAGUUAUAGUUCAUUUCAAAAGCUUCUCAAACUUGUAAGAUAUCACUUAAUUUCUUACAUGCAGCAUUAACAUGUAUAUGUUUUACACGUUUGCGUGAUUUAUAUUGUUAUAUACAUCGGGACAGCACUUAUCAUGUGCUGCUCAUAAAUAAAGCGUCCACAGGAGAGAACUAAAGUGUCCAAAUACAUUUUAUUUCUUAUAUCUGCUCUUUGACACCACCAGGUCACCUUGGGGGGUUUCUUAGCAAAAUAUCCAAACACCCAUCAAGCGCCAGAACCACUUUAGAGUUGCGCAACCAAUGUCAAUUAAGUUUGCUUUAUGAUAAGUGUUAUCUCCAGUGCUAAUUUAAAGUGCAUAAUAUCUUAGUGGCCUAUUAAGUAAGCACUGAUUUACAGUGAAUUUGCAAAACUAAUACCAAUAAAUGUUACUUGGUAAAUCUUCAACUCUGCUGAACUGCUAUUUUUUUUAAUAGUUUGUUAUUUUAAUUCAGUGCUAAUUCACCACACUUCCGAUAAAAACAAAAAACAAAACAUAAUCUUGCUGCAAGGACACUAAUAGGAUGAAUUACAUUGAACUGUGCUUUACAUGACUACUGUGCAGUUGCCCUGUAGUUGAAGAGUUUAACGGAUACUACAGGCACUAAUACAACUUUAGUACAUUUGUUAUAUCUUGGUGUCAUUAACAUGCUUUUUUGGUUUCUUUGUCUGGUUUAUUUUUUAUUUUUUUGCAUGUUCAAAUCUUUAUAGUUUUAGCAUAAAAACUAUAAACCUACCUCUUUAGCCACACCACCUCACUCUGUAAAAUUACUUCAUUUUAUCAUAUAGUAAGGAUACCACUACCUGUUUAUAAUUUCCCUAGCUGCAGCCAAAGUGUGAAUUAAGAACAGCUCACUUAGUACUGUCGGUGGCUGAGUUUUGAGCAUACAUUUGAUAAGAAAGUUUUCUGGCAUGGCUAAAAAUGCAGGUUUAUGGUGCUGCAUUCUGCAAAACAUGUAUUACUGAUUGUGAGCAUGCAAAAAAAACAUGUUAAUGAGAGCAAAAUCUAUCAAACACAUUGACGUUGAAUUGGUGCCCAGGGUGUCCUGUAGGCAUUAUAACCAUUUCAUCUGUUUGAAUUUAUUUUAGUGUCUGGAGUCCCAAGGCACUGUCCCUCUACCAUUUCCAAGCAGUUUAACACUUAAGAAGGAUUCAUGGCCACCCACAACCCUUAGGCCUUACUGGAGGCAUGGCUAAAGUAGAGAUUACAUGCCCAUUGGUGCUCUGAUAGGCUAAAAGCAAUCAUCUAACACUCUCAGCCAAUCACAGCUGCCUAUUGCUGCUCAGGCUAAUUCCUUGUUAGCCCAACCAACACAGAGAGGAUAGGCUGCUGGAGACUCUUAUUUAGCAUGAAAACAUAAAAACAUUAAGAUGAAAAGGUACAUUUUAAUAUAUAUAUCUAUAUAUAUAUAUAUAUUUUUUCCCUUUCUUGGAAGAGUAUCCUUAGGCAAAAAUAAAAUGAAAAAUAAACAAACUGUGGUUUUUCAGAGGCAUGUGCAAUGCCACAGUUCAUAAGCAUGUGAUUACAGAAAAAAAAGCCCAUCAAAAAUAUAACAAAAACUGCACGCUUUAAAACGAUUGGCCUAAUUCUUUUAUAUAGGAUAAACGUUAUUCUGGUUACUCAAUAACAUUUAACUCAUUGAAAUCUGUGGGAAAAUUGGUCUUUAGUAACCAGAAGUAUGCUUAUCUCUUAUCUUAUCUCUUAUAACAAACUGUAGACUUCAAAGUAGAAUUUGAUCAUUUUUUUUCAACUCAUCUAUUUUGCCUGAAGUUUGUAAUGUGGCUGUAAUUUCACCAAAAUGUACUAUUUACUGAAGAGCACUUAUGUUCCAAAAUGUGGCUCCUUAUCACUUCAGUGUUUUGAAAUGGUCAUGGUGCAAGAGUAUUAAACCUGUUGACAAUUGAUUGUGGUUGACAUUAGUUUGUCAGUGAGAUAAAUUAUAUCAAUUUACCAAGUGUCAAAAAUAGUUUUUAUCAGUCGCUCAGUAAUCAGGAACCAGUUCAUAAUCAAAUAUCUGUUUUUAUGACAUCUGUGUAGAAAAUAAAUGAACCUGAUCCAUUAGUUCAAGGUCAGUACUGUUUUAUAACAUUUGAUGUUGUUGGAAGUGUAUGCCUUUAUACCUUCAUACGUGCAAACUGGCCACACGCAUGUAAAAUGUAUUCAAGGUUUGUCCACCUGAUAAUGCUUCAAACCUUUUUGUUUAUCUCCAGCAUAUUCGUUAGUAAUAUUAUCUGAAGAAGUCUAUACCCUACCUACAGUUAGAUAAACAGCAAAAAUCCAACUAAUAGCAAUUCAAUCAACUGAGGCCCAUAAUAUUAAUAAUAGGCAAGAUAUAAUCUAUAAUAUAUAACAUUCAGAGUCUCUAACAUUUUUCAUGCUAUAUCAUUUUGUGUUUAAUUAUUCCACAGUUCCAGUACAUUUUUUUAGGUGGGAUUAUUCACUAAAGUGUAAUUUUUUUGUGAAUUUAAUUUUAUACUAUUACAGAACUGGAAACAUAAUUGACUUGCAGUAGUUUGACCAUUUGACUAUUGUGGUUUAAUACGUCACAUUUAUUUUAAAUUAAUUGUGAUUGCAAAACGUUGAUUUCACAAAGUUAGUGAAUGAUCUUGUGUCUCUCUCCGCAAAACUCUGCCUCUAUUUCUUAGUAUUAUCUAAUUUCCCUAUUACACCAGAUAGCUUGUCCAUACCUCUUCGCUGUACUUUUUAUAUAUAUAAAGAUGAAUGUAGUUACAGACAAGCUUAUAUGAAGAUAAAUAUUUUGUGUCACUUAAUGGGUCUCAAUUUUGUCCAACUUGCUGCACAUGAGAGUACUCCCAUUAUAACAAAACAUUUUUUAUUAACGUCAUUAUACGAGUUAAUGUCAAUGCGAUUACAUUUUUGGCCUUUCACUGCUGCUGUAAAUAUUAUUGCUGCUCAGCUUUUACUUUGCUAAUUUCUUACAUUUAUUAAACCUACUAAAUGACAGUGCCUGUCUGUGUAUGCGUGUCUGUGAAUAAAUAUCAGGCCUGCAGGGGUUCCGUCAGGAAGAAGGCAUUCCUUGAGCAUGGAACACUCAAAAUGGCCUUUUGUUCUCUUGUUUGGCUCCUGCACAACAGACAAAAUAUCCAGUGACCCUGUGAUACAUUUAUACCUACAGAAUAAAGAAUCCUGCCAAAUGAAUAAUUUAUUCAUACAGUAACAACCACGACACACUGACACGCACGCAGACACAGACAGGUAUCAAUAGAUAAUAGCGUGUUUGGCAUUAGCAGGGGAGAGGUAUUCUUAGGCAUUAGCCUGGAGCAAGCAAUUCAUGAAUUGGAAUGUGCAGAACACUAUUUAGAAUAUGCUGCUCAACUGGUAGAAUAUUCAGAGUCAUCAUCCGAGGAGAUGAGCUUGGCUUUCAACAUGCCGUGCAACCAUUAUCCUGUGAGGAGGCAGAUGAAAACUCUGUGAAGAUGAUAUCUUUACAGUCUGUUACCUGUAACAAACAAAGCUCUUUUUUUCAGAAAACAUUGAUUAUCAUGUACAUCUACACGUGUGCUUUUAACCCGCUCAUGACAUUUUAAAUGCAAGGCACAAAUAGCGGAAGUAGAAAAUAAUUUCAUGUCAGUUAUGCUUCUAGUUCGGCUACUUUGAUCUUAAAUUUGGAAUUCACUUUGAAUUUCUGAUAAUUCUCACUUCAAUAAAGAACCUCGUUUGUGUGACAAAGUGAUUUCAAGAAUAUAGUGUUGAUGUUUGGACUAAGGGCAUGGUAUUUAUUUUAGGAGGAGCUUAAGUUAAUUUAUGCAGGAGGGGCCAUAAAUCUACCUUUGGGCUGAACCCCCUGGUCUUUUUGCCACCGAGCAACUGCACUGCCUAAGGUUUGACUUGUAAGCAUAAAAGUAACUUAUAGAGUCCAUCAAACUCUUGGGACCUUAUUCUUUAAACAGCAAACAGCUGAGUUUACAGCUGCCAUGCACUUGGGUGGUGUGGAUUUGAGUCCCAUUUUGGCCUAUAUCUUAUAUCAAUGCUGGAUAACCAAGCUCAAGAAUUAGCUGAAAAUGAGCAUUUCUCCACAACUACCUGUUUGGUGAAUAAACCAGACUGUUAAAUUAGUACAUGUCAUGUAAUUCACUGCAGCAUUUUUAUAUAAACAUUGUGGCUACGCAAGUGUUAUUUUGGUCCUGAUGAACUACAUUUAAAUCUUUGAUUCAUGAAGUACUUCACUGAGUGUACAGAUCAGUGUAUGUACUGUGAGUGCAUGUGUCAGUAUCUAUGUAUAUAUACGUCAGUGUCUGCACUGUUAGUGUGUGCAUGGGUGAGUGUUUGUGUGUCUGUGUGUGUAUGGAUCUGUAUCAGUAUCUGUGUGUGAGUGAGUGUGUUGUGUCAGUGUGAGUGUCGGUGCAUAUGUGUGUAUGGGUCAGUAUUUGUGUGUCCGUGUAGGUCAAAGUGCAGGUGUGGGGUUUGAGUGCCAUGUAGUAAAUAAAGUUUCCGCCGAGGAGGGUAUUGGGGGGUACAAAUAAAACAUUUGCCUCAUGACCUUGCUAAACCUCUGGAGGAAGAGACAUGAUUAUCAUUUUGUGGGGCUAUCCACAAAGGUCUGACCUUGCUUUGAAAAAAAGUCAUCUCAGGUCAUUUCAAGACAGCUGUUAAAAUUAUGUUUGUACUUCUGCUAUUCACUAAAAGCUGAAUAUGGGGAAAAUGUUUCCAGUCUAAACUAGUUAUAAAAAGAAUAACUGACUACCCUGAUAGCCCUGAUACUAUCCCUGGACAGCCGAGUUUCAAGAAACAGACAGUCAGUAUGUGCUGUCAGCUGAUAAAAUGCCUUUUAGCAGCAUUGUGCAAGCUGGUGGGGUUGGGCAUGAUUAAUGCCAAGGUGGUUUGUUUCCAUUUCCUAAUAAUGGACAAGGGGUAAUUGUGUGUUGUAGAGAAGCUAGUAGGCAGACAAAAGUUGUGACUUUCCCUACCUUUUUGGAGUAUUUGCAACCCUAGUUGAUCAAUCAUUAGUCAUAUAGACCAAUGAUCAAGCUGUAAUCAUACAUACCAGAAGAUGAUGGCAGAAUUGUGGGAAUGUCAGAGCCCCAUAGUCCACAUGUUAUUAAUGUAAGGAUAGAAGAUAGUAAUUCUCCAGCUCUCAAGAAGAACACAUUCAGUGUUAUUAUUGCCACAAUAAUAAUAUUUCCAUCCCCCACCCACCCACAACAUACAUGCUGCUGCAUGGUUUUAGAAUUAUCUUAAAUACACAGAUAUACACCUAUUAGCACAAUCAUUUAUACGCGUUAGUACUGAUGCAGUAAUGCAGAUGUCGGUGAAGUGCAGUUAAGACUAAAUAAACUUUGUGGUGUCUCGUUGUGUCUGUGUUCAGCAUCAUGUUACAGAACAUUACAUACCACAUAUCUGCUUUCAACACCUUGUAAAUCUUGUUUUUCACACAGCACCAUUCCUCCUUUAGAUAUUAUAAAUGAUCAGGAGUUUUACAAGGCAGAACCCAAAUUGGUGGAUCCCAGAAUAGAACGCAGGACAUUUUCAUACUGGAAAUUUCCAUGAGUACACUUGUCACCGAAACAGACUACAGCAGAUGAUUUAAAAAAAAUAAAAAAUUUACAGGACUAGCAACACUUUAAUACCAUACUUAAUUGCACACAGUACCUUGAUUAAGAUCUAUGUUAUUUUCUGCUUGGUACAGGACCUGUAACCUUAACUUACAGUGUCAUGUACGGCAAGACGCUGCGCUGCACCAAUCUGCAUCUCCUCAUAGAGAAGCAUUAAAUCAAUGCAUCUCAUUGUGCAAUGUUCAGUGGAGUGGUGCCACAAUGUGUUUAGAAAUUAGUCUGUGCAAAUAGAUAUGUGAGUCUCUUGCUCCAAAUUACAUUCUCUUUUGCAUACUUAUUAGUAGAUUGUGGUCACAUAAAAUGCUGUGAAGUAGCCUUGUCCCAGACCACACCUAAAAUGAAAACGACCCGCUCUAGCCAUUAUAAAUGUUCUUAGUUGUGUUUCUAAGUAUAGAAAUUGAUUUUUUUCAUAAAACUUACAUUUUUUUCUGAGGAGUUCAAAUUAAAGUGAGCCUGUCAAUCACAAAUGUGUGGAGGGUCAGCUUCAGGUAGGUUAUAUAAUGUAACCAACACAUCAUAUUAGUGAUAUUAGCCACCACAUGUACAGAAUACAUAUUUACUUGAUGGGUGAUUAUGAGAGAAUCUAUUCACCGUGCUUCAAACAACUGAACAGCAGAGGAAUUUACACUUCAGCUCUUCUAACCUGUUUGUUUAUUCAUAAAAGGCAAAUUUGCCUAUUUUUUUUCACCAUAUCUGUACUUCCAUUUGGCUGCAUUUUGGUUGUCUUUGCAAAUCAGUGGAAUCUCCAUGUAACUUAGUUGAUGUAGUUAUUCUCAAACUGAAUUACAACCACAUUUUACUUAUUCAGUUCAUCCCCUGAUACAGACCAGUGGAGAAGCACCAAUAUCCUUUGGUCACCUAGCGCUACCUGCAAUUACCCUUUCCAAUAUAACAAUAUCUCAACCCUUUUCUUACCAUGAGAUGAUUUUAUUGUACUAGUGAAAUGUUGAAAUUUGGAAACAUUUCACUUGUACGUGGGUCACAAUAUGGUUGAGGUAUUUUCCAAGAAUCUUAAUACAGCAAUAAGAUUUAUUUGGAAAUAGCAGUGAUCCAUUCAGCUCAAUUCAAUUAGAAUUCGGAAAGCUAUUAUUAUUAUUAUUAUUAUUAUUAUUUCUAAAGUGCCAACAAAUUCCUCAGCACAGUACUAUAGGUGGACUAACAGACAUGUAUUUGUAACAAGAAGAGCUGGACGCACAGCAACAGAGGGUGUUCAGGGCUCCGCUAAAAAGAGCUUACAUUAGUAAAUAACCUAAGAGGAAUUAUGUCAACUGAAAGUUAGAGAAUUAACCCAAAUUAAAGUAAAAACAGUUUAAUGAAUAGAGCCCUGUCUCUCCUUAGUGAGAUGUGUGCACACCAACAAUCUAAGUAAAUGCUCAUAAUGUGCAUUUGACUUAAUAAAAUGUUGACAUGUUCAGAUGCAUGGGACAGGGAAGUGCCACAUACUUCAGGGGUUAACCCAUACAAAUUACAGAGAUUACUUUAGAGACAGGGCUCCAUUAUUGAACUGUAAAUGAGUGCAAUUCCCAUAUCAAGCAUUAUCACCAUUGGUAGAUGUUGCAAGUGAUAUAAUAUCUGCAGGAAUUUAAAGAAAAGAGUCGUCUAAAUCUUUGGAGAGCAAUAUAUGAUGCUGGGUGAGCCAUUAUAAAACCAUCAGAGCACUUUAUUUUCAGAAACAAAUUUAUAUUAUGCUCACAAUAGGUUAAACACAAAUCACAAAGGGUGAUUUUUCUGUGUAACUCUCACAGAUACAACUCAUGGGUCCCUAGGAAAAUAGAUGCUAGCUGGACAGACUAGAUUAAAUGAGGGGCACUUUGGACAUGUAAAAUGUGUCCAGGUUAUAAUACUCCUGCGUUGCUCACUUUCUUCUUGAAUGGUUAGAAUAAUUGGGUGUUUGCGGCUGAAGUAAAGUGAACCUAUUAUUGCCAUGGUAUCUCGAGUUCACAUAUCCAGGCUAUCUACUGAUCUAUGUCCCUUGAAAUGUGAAUUUGGCAGGCAAACACAACAGGAUAUCCCUACAGCAGAGAACUGAACUCUGACAAACAUCACAAACAAAUUCCUUAAAGUACUUCCCUGGCAACCUUUCUGGCCUUUUUCCCCCCCAAAAAAUAUAUUAUGUAGAAAUCUGUCAGGCUGGGGAAGCAGGAUAGUGCCCAAAUAACUGUACCUAUUAUGGUUAAGGAACUUAAUGAAUUGGAAAGGGAAUAUUAAUGAUCAGAUGGACAUAGUAGAAGCAUGUUGUUUUUAUACAACAUUUUAUCAAUAAUGAAAAUAGGUUAUAUUAAAGUAUUCAUAUUUAAAGUAAAACUAAAAAUAUGAGCUUUUUAGAGGAGAAAGAGGAGGUUUUUUAGGCAAAUCAACCUUCUGUUUAUAUGCCAAGUCUGCUGGACAAGUACGAGAUUAGUCUUCAUAAUGAGCAAAUUUUAAUAGAACACUGAAUUAAGUGGAGGUUAUUUCAGGUGCCCAGAUACCUAUCACAUGUUCUGUGAAUGGCACAUCACUAAAAGGAUAGGAUUUACUAAGCUAUAGUGUUAUGUUUUGUUGUUCAAGCUGGGUAUGUAUCCCAUUCAGAUCAGGAGAAUUUAUAGUCAGCUUAAGUUAUAAAAGAAGAAGCCCUUGAGAUUCUCUGCAUGAAUAGGCAGACACGCCUGCUUGCGGCCAACAAAGAUAAAGCAGAACUUGGCACUGAACAAACUUUAGAAGCAGCACAGUAUAACACUCUAAUCAACCAUACAUUUGUUUGCAUUCAAAAGAGUGCCAUUCUCUAAUAGCUAAGUAGUGGGAAAUAUUUACUGAUUUUAAAAAAGGCCAAUCAGCCUGAUUCACUCAACUUCCCAAUCCUAGAUGUUAAUGAAAGUAGAAAAUGUUUGAAUUUGUACCCACCCUUACUGUAUUGGGUGUGGGUAUAGAGGAGAACAUUUGCUCGAUGUCUGCUGGCUAGCAAGUAGUUCCUUAUUAUGGCUGUUAUACUUGCCAUAUUUCCAUUUUCGAUAGGAUAGUCAUAAAUUUGAGUAUUUUUGUCAUUUCAUCCUUGGCUUGAUCUAUAGUGUCUCACUUCUUGGGAUACCAGAGAAAAGUCCUCCAUAAGCACACCAUUAGACAUGCUCUCACUAUGUAGACCAAGGGUAUUUAACAUAGCCCAUACUACAGCCCUGCAACAGCACCUGGUGCAUGGACUACCCUGAGCUGGGCCUCUGAUCAGGGUAGCAUACAUGGUUUUGGGGAGACUCAUCCUUUUAUGGGAUCUCCCAGCUGCAUCCCCCGUGACAUGCAAAGCAUCACUGGUACUAUAUCUACUUGUUUCCUGUGCCUUAUUCAUUCUUCCCAAUAAGAUAUAGUUUGCCUGCUAAAGCAUAAUGUUGACACUCAGUAGACAUUUUAAUUGUAUAGGUUUUUAGGUGGGAAUCGAGGGACAUUGUAAAUUUGGCCUGAUGUCCCAAAUUAAACAAUUGAACCAGAUCAGUUUCUGUUGCUGUAAAUGUAAACGUUAUAUAAGGGCUAACAAUCUACAUUUUUUCCAAUAUGAGUAAUACAGCUACAUGUAGUAAUUAAAAAAGUAUGCUUUUGCAGACUUUUUUCAAAGGCUUAACCUAAAUUAAGUCUCAUUAGCCAUGUCUGUGCUCGCUGGGUGAUGCAACAAUGCAUCUUUUUUUGGUUUGUUUGAAUUCUAAUAAAUCUCUCUUGCCCUUGAAUGAUCCAGCUUUACUGAUUUUGUAUAUUUUUAAGGUUAUACGCAUUUAUAAAAGAAAUAUCUACUGAUAAUAAAAGUGAAUGCCGAGAAGGGGUAAGUUAUGUUUCAUAAAGUAACUCUGAUAGCUAGGAAAAUUCUACAUUUAGCCACAAGAUUAUUCACUAAAUUCAGAAUUGUCAAGAAUUAAAAGUGAAUAUAAAAUUUUAGACCAAAAUAGCUGAAAUUGAACAUUUCUCCAAGUAAGAGAUGUUUUAAGCUUGAUCAUAUUACAAUUUGAAAUUUACUUUAGAUUCACUCACAAUUACUGACAAUUUAAACGCACAAUAACAGUAGCAUUAUUCCAGCACUACCCAACAGUAUGAAAUAAUAAUAUAUGCUUGAGAAAACAUGGUGGGUCUGCAACAUUAGGAAACAUUCAAAGGGAGCUGAUUACCUAGAGAGACCUUUUUACUGUCUGUAUCACAUUAUUGUUGAAGAGCAUCUAUUGCUCAUUGACAAUUAAAGGAAACAAAUGUUAACGAAAUUCAAAAGUUGAAAUAAAGAAGUAGAGCUAAUUGCUAAAAGUUCUAAGGGAAAAGAUGGGGAGUAACCAGAGGGAUAAAGUAGUGUAUUUAAGAAACUGUUUUCCUUAGAACAUAUAGACAUGAAAAAACGCAGAGCCAUGAAGAAUCUUGAAGAGCCAUCUGACCUGCGAAAUGUGGGUCGGGGCUCUAUCUAUAUCCCACUUAAAGGACCACUAUAGUGCCAGGAAAACAUACUCGUUUUCCUGGCACUAUAGUGCCCUGAGGGUGCCCCCACCCUCAGGGUCCCCCUCCCGCACCGGCUCUGGAAAGGGGAAAGGGGUUAAAACUUACCUUUUUCCAGCGCUGGGCAGGGAGCUCUUCUCCUCCGAUCCUCCUUCUCUCCUCCCCGUCGGCUGAAUGCGCACACGCGGCAAGAGCUGCGCGCGCAUUCAACCGGUCACAUAGGAAAGCAUUCAUAAUGCUUUCCUAUGGACGCUGGCGUGCUAAGCACGCAAGCGCCUCUAGCGGCUGUCAAUGAGACAGCCGCUAGAGGAAAUAGGGGAAGGCUUAACCCAUUCAUAAACAUAGCAGUUUCUCUGAAACUGCUAUGUUUAUAAAAAAAAAUGGGUUAACCCUAGCUGGACCAGGCACCCAGACCACUUCAUUAAGCUGAAGUGGUCUGGGUGCCUAGAGUGGUCCUUUAAUUAGCCUUUUUGAUUUGCUUGAUCUACUGAAGCAUUUAUAUACUAACAUUUAUUGACAUGAGAAAUAUAGAUUUGAGUAUAACACAGCUAACAUGUAUCUUUUUGUAGCUAUAGUUGGUAGUUGUGAUUUAGCCUGAUAGCUUCUGGUGCCCUUGAAGGCACAAUCAGGGCGGUUUAGACAUAUUCUAGUUUUAGUAUGCCAGUAGGUGACUUUGAAGGCACAGUGUAGGGAUAAUCUGGAUAUCUUCUUAAUACAUUGUUUUCGUUCCAUAUAGUAGCUGCUCUAGGGCUGUUUUCAGACUUGUGCACCUCUUACAACCAUUUCUAAGUUUUUAGUAACCCCUGACACUUGUUAUUCAUAUUGACACUUUGUUGCUGAUUUUACACAUUGAAAAUAUUGUUUCAAUUAUAUAGCGCCCAGUUGGCAGUUGAUGAUUAAAGCUUGUAUAAAGACCAGCAAACCUGCAAGGUUUAGAUGUCCUACAAAAAAUGUAUUAUCACUCUGCUUUUAACAUUGAUACAUUUUAUCUUUUCUUUUAGAUAUUACUAAUACAAUUUAUGUUUUAUUUAUAUCUAAAUGUUCCAAGGAAAACUUUCUUAAAGCAACACUAUAGUGACAGGAAUACAAACAUGUAUUCCUGACAUUAUAGGUAUAAAAACAAAUUGUAGGUCCUCUGCCCCUUUGCACCCCCUUAAAAAUUAAAGAACUUACCUUAUUUCCAGUGCUGCAUGAAUUUGGUCCUUUCCUGACUCCCGCCCUUACUCUGCCUCCUUAGCUGAGAUCAUCAGAUUUGAUGACCUCAGUCAAUCCAAUGCUCUCCCAUAGGAAAGCAUUGUGAGGCUAUUGCACAUGCUCUGCAAAAUGCAAUCAAUGCAUCUCUAUGGGGAAGAUUGAGCAGUACUGAUCCAUAAAGCAUCUCUAGUGGCCGCUUGAGUGAGUGCCACUAGAGGUGUUCCAAGGGAGCAAUGUAAACACUGCCUUUUCUUAUAGUAUAUUGUCUGGUGCAGCUAAAAUUACCCAAGUGUAAUGUCACCGUUUACACUUAACAAUUGUGAUAAAGUGAAGAGAAAGAAAAGGUGAUUUGCGCACACAAAAACAAAUAUCUUGUUUACCUUAUAUUCAUUAGCAUUCUAAUAAUCAAACCAUAGGUAGUUCUUUGAAACAUAUAUGUAUAUUUGGCGUGAGAAAGCAAAUCCAAUCAAAAAACAAGUAAGAAAACUAGCGUUGUGUAACAAUAUCUUAAAACAGAGUCUUGCAGGGUUAUUCGGUAACGUUUGAAUUGCUGGGAAUUAAAAGGGAAUUUUACAUUUUUGGGCCAUAAGAGCUGGUAUUGAAGAAUUCUCUGUCAUCUUUGUUUUGAGUUUCACUACUUUGGGUUAGAAUUUUAAAUUCUCCUUGCAUUCACAACAAUUCGCACGUUAGUAUAUAAUCCUGAUAAUGUUCUCUUCCAGAUAAAUACGAUUGGAUGUUUAAGAAGCUAAUAUCAAUGAAAAAUAGGUACCUAGUAGACCUUUCAUUCCCCAGGGGGAUUCAAAGCGCUUUGUGAAUCCUUUUGUGUUCUACUGAAUGAGACACUGAAGAAUGACAGGACAAGAUGAGCCAAUUUGUUCUCAUUUGCGUUUUUUAUCUUCUGCGUUGACAUUUUAAAAGAGAUGUGACUUCAGACAGCACACUUUUGCCCUCAGAGCGAUUGGAAUCUUGAACAUGUUAAUUGGAGACCCAGUGUUUAAACAUGACAGCUAUUACUGACCCCAGGUCUGAAACGCCUGGAGCACAAUAACAAACUAAGACAUUGUCAGUGUGUGACAAAAUGUCAAACUGGCUGACCUACAGUUACAGAGCUUCAGGCCCAUACAAAUAGACCUGACUCUUCUUUCAGUGAAAAAUUUGAAUCAAUUAGCAAGGUACAUAGACAAAUGAUAAAGGGGCCUAUUCACUAAACAGCGACCUGACUAGAAAAUUUUAAGUUAAAAUACUGAAGUUGGAUAAAAUCUUCUGUUUAGCAAUAAUUGAUUUGGGGUUUUUUUCACACCAAUGUGUGACUUAGUUUUACAAAUCACACUAUCAAGAUAUUUCACCAAAACAGGGCAUUAUGGAGCAUUGAAUGUGACAAAUCAUCUGGUUCUACAACUUUUCUAGUUGGUUGUUUUGUCCUACAUCAAUACACAUUAUACAAUAGUAAUUAUCUAAAGGAACAUUAAAUGUUAAGUCUUCAGGUAUUCCUUUAAAACUAUUUUUAUUCUUUUUCUAGUAUUCAUUAAAAUGUAUUAAAAAUUGCUACAUACUCCAUAGCACACCCAUCCUGUUAGCAGGCUUUUGUUGUCAUGAAUGGGGCGCUGCUGAAUUCAAUGAGGAAACCAGCUACUAGUUAAAAGUACAUUGCUGACAAACCUAGUUUUUCCGAUUGGCAAGUUUAUUCUAUUCAGUUAGCAAUCCCCACAGACACCUAGAUGUAACUUUCAAGGGACACUUCAUGCACCAUAACCACUACAACUUAUUCUAGUUGGUAUAGCACAAGGAAUCUGUGGGGGUUUUUAUUCUAUUUUCUGUCAAUUUUUUAAUAAUCAUAAUAAUAAUGAUUGGGCAAUAAGGUAGUAACUACAAUGCUUGAUUUUACACUUUGGAAACGUUGUUUCAAUUAUAUUUAUAUUGGCAACAAGUUGGCUGUUGAUGAUCAAAGCAUGUAUAAACACCAACACAAGAGCGCUGCCACAACUCCUCCUCGUAUGAUGUCAUCCUGGAGGCCUGACUUCAGGAUGAUGGUCCAAUCCAAUGCUCCUCAUAGAGCAGCACUGGGGAUCUUAGGAUAAUUAUUACACUAUAAUAGUCCCGACUCUCAUACCCAAAAGACACAGAGGUACAUCUUGAAGCCACGCUUCCAAGCCUUUUAAUUAGUUAAAACAUUUAAUUUGGGGUCACUAAGAAGAGAGGAAAAACUGUAGGCACUAUAACAACUUCAUUUACAUGGAGUUGUUAUAGUGAGUACAGUUUUCCUUUAGUAAUAUGUUAAGAACAGUACACCACUGCACACAUUGAAGAAAAUGCAGAAAUCCAGGAAGCAAACAUGUAACAUGUAAACAUGAUUACAAACAAUACAACAUUACUCAUUUAUAGCACAGCAGUAAACACAAACUAAAAGCACUGGGCACUGUCAGUUCCAGAAUGAUCCAGAAACUAAUACUACAAUUGUGAAGAGCAUUCCUUUGGAAGUGGGUUUAUCUGUGAACAAGAUUUUAAUAGAGUUGAAGUGGAAUUCUAUCUCACUCCCACAUGCCUGAGAAUGUUUCAAUAAUUACACGAAUGAACAACACAAUGUCAUGACAAAACAUCAACAAAACGUGGCUCAAUGUUCUGGAGUCUAUUUAUGUAUUAAAUGUUUUUAGAUUAUUUACUUAUUUAAUGUUAUUUUGUAGCAGCAUCCAAGUGCCCAUUUGUUUUAAAAUGACAGCACUUAGUAACAGAGGGAAGAACGCACAGGGUUUUGUUAACCAAUAAUUUCAUAAUAACACUUUAAUCACAAUAAACAUAACAGUAUGAUAACUUUAAAAUGUCCAGGCCCCCCAAAAACCAACCCGGUUGAUUUCAAAUGCACCACCGUUCACACGUUCCUUAAAGUUAUCCACUAAAACAGGAAUAGUCAAGAAUUUACCUGUAUUUAUCUGUAGACAAAUGCAGCUAAACUGCAAAUCUGUGGUGGUGGUGGUUAUGGUGCUUUGAGAGUUCCUUUAAGACGCACCAGAUUUAACACUUCUCUAUGAAAUGCAAUGGAUCGGCAGAGCGUAGCAAUUGAUGUCCAUGUGCCGUAGAUUUAGAAUGAUGAUGCAUCUGAUUGGACCAGAGAUCGUCAGUAUUGAUGACCUAAGUGGAUACUGCAACAUUUAAUUUUUUUUUUCAAAUUUAUUUAAAUUUCUAAUUCUAAUAAAGCCUUGACAAUACAAAUAUUACUGGCCAUGAAAAUUGUAGUAGCAAUGCAGUGGAAAAGUCAAGAUGAAAUACAAUGGUCAAGGGUUAUAAGUCAGAUCUCUCAACAGUGUUUAAUGGAAAAAGGGCAUUACUUAGCAAGACAGAAAUAAUUCCUAUAUAACAGAAUUUGGAAUCAAUGGUUAAUUAAAAAAAACUAGGGUAAUAAUUAAAGAAUACAGAAGUCAGGAAAUUGGUUAAAAUGUAUGAUGCCCCGAUCUUUAUGCUGCUAAGCAAGGGUCUCCAUGCCAAAACAUCUAUUUAUCUUAAAUGUUUGUCCUUUUUUUUGUACGACUGAAGUAUUAAUAAGAAUAUGGUUAAUGGCAACUGUUAAUUGCUAACAGCUGUACUUACUGUCUGUCACUCUUUUUUUUUUAUAUAUAUAUAUGCGCAUAAGUUGACAUAUGUACUUAGUGAGGUAAUCUCAAUGCAUAUAUUGUCUGUACUUUUUUAAAAAAAGAAACAAUAAUAAAAAAAAAAUUAUUUAAAGGUAAUACCUAAAUCUUAACACACUAAGGAACAGUCAAUCACUAAAAUAGAUAUCGUUUUUAAUAAUGCUAGUGUUCCUUUAAAUUGUGGCACCUUCCCGUGUUUAUAGAUAUGAAGGCGAAAGUGUACUGCCUACAAUUACAUUGUAUUUAAAGUACAAACAGAAAAGUUGAUUACUAAAGCAAACAAGAAUAAAUUGCUCAAUAUAGUUUUCUCAUUUUCCAGCAUGCCAUAUGAUAAAGUGCUAUUACUGGAAUAGAUAGUAAUGGAUUAUCAGAUAUUUGUGUUCCUUUUUCAGGAACCAGUGAUAUCUAUAGACUACAAUAAUGGACUUUUCUGUUGUUUGUAUUCUAAGGGUACAAAGGUUCUAAGACGUGAUUAAAACCUUAAUAUCAGUUGGUUAAUAUCAGUUGAACAUUUCAUAUUGCACCAUCGAAAAAUAUAAGAUUAAUAGGAGGAGUAUGCUUAGAAGGCUUAACAAAGUUGCUAUGACUUACAAGAUAUACUGUAAAAAAAUACUACAAUAGGUGAAUAAAUUAAAUAUAUAGCUUAGCAAUAUAAAAUCUCUAAGAAAUACUCUCAUUGACUGUUGGAAUUUCAUUGAAAUUACAACACAGUCAAAUGAUAGUGAGUAGCUUGUCAUAUGUAUAUUCCCCAUGUUUGACAAAACUUGACAAAAUGCAGAAUUACUGCAGCAAAGUUUUGUCAUAUCCACUACUAGUGAUGGUUGUGAGGAAAAAGGCAUUAUCAAUGCAGACUCCAUAGACCUACGUGUUUACUGUUGCUUACGUGGGAUCCUGGCAGAUAAAGGGACUGGAGUUGAAGAGAACCCACUGGAUGAAGAUCCAAGAGACCGCUGCAGGUAAGUAAAAUUUACCUUCCCUUGGACCUAUGCUCCACAACAUUGAAAGUGGAGCAAUCACCAUCGAGAAUCUUUGCAAAAUAGGUGAAGACCCCAUUCUGUGACAGAGCUGCUGUAAUGUAGGCAUCUUAAACUCUGUGCCCCAGGUGUUGAUGGUGUCAAAUUCCCAGAAUUCUAUGAAUGUAAUUGCUGGCCAGAGAAUCAUGGGAGUUGUAGUUCAGUAACAUCUAAGAGGCCAGAGUUUGAGAUGCCUGAAUUAAUAUUUAAGCAGUCUUUGAUCUGCCAAGCACUGUGGUAGCUAUAGUCCAGCAACAGGUAGAGUAUUGCUCAAUACUCAUUAGAAUAUAGCAGAAAGUCUUGUCGCCACUAUUUUGGCAUAGAGUUUUAAGUCAGCGUUCAGUAAAGAUAUCGGACGGAGAUUGGCACAGAAUGUCGGGGGUUUGUUGGGUUUGGGCAACAUUAUUAUGUAAGCUUCUAGCAUCUCCUUCGGAAGUAUGCCUGAGUCUUUAAACAGGCGGGCUUUGUACCAGGCAGGCAAAUUGGGGACAACACCAGACAUUUUCUGAACCUCGUAGACUGGGCCAACCGUUCGUCCCGGAGUGGUCUGAUCCUUGCUUUGGAUGCUGAAAAGGAGUUUGAUCGAUUGCACUGGGGCUACAUGGAGCGAACGCUAGAAAGAAUGAACUUCCCACCUGCUUUCAUAUCUAGUAUCAUGGUCCUUUAUCAACAACCGACAGCUAAAGUUUUUAGCACAGGGUUCCUAUCUACACCUUUCCAUAUAUGCAACAGCACGCGCCAGGGAUGUCCGCUGUCCCCGAUUGUUUUCAUCCUAUGCUUGGAACCACUCUUACGCCAAAUAAACCAGAACACACAAAUUCCAGGUUUAGUUACCCCGGGGGGUAUGAAAUAAUUAGCGUUAUUCGCGGAUGAUCUUCUCCUGUUUCUUUCGGACCCAACAACUUCAAUUCCGAAGCUACUAGAAAUCCUGAACACAUAUGGUAGAAUCUCCUACUAUAGAAACAAUACUACCAAAACCCAAGCUUUACCCAUAAAUCUCCCUCAAGCCGUAGUGACCCAGCUAAAAAAUCUAUACACAUUUGAUUGGAGGAAAAAAAACUGUCCUAUCUAGGGGUUCAUUUGACUAAAUCCUUCCAAACAAUUUAAACAGAAAACCACCAUCAAUUGCUACACAAGAUUAAAACCUCACUGGUAAGAUGGGCUAAAUUAGAAGUUUCUUUGUUGGGUCGCAUAAACUCUCUAAAAAUUAUGAUCCUGCCUCUCAUCUUUUACCUAUUUCGUACGUUGCCAAUAUCACUGCCUACCAAACUUUUCAAUUUCAAUCUACCACUAAUGCACAUGUGUGGAAACGAAAGCCACCUCGAGUGGCAUACCGUAAUUUAGGGCUCCCUUAUAAUAAGGGAGGCCUAGGAUUACCAGACAUCAGGGCCUAUUAUAGGGCCACGGCGCUAGCUCAAGGAAUACGCAUUUUGUGACUCUCGCAUACGGACCCCCGCGCGCUUUGGCUGUCCCUAGAGAAUGCAUGCAUAAGUCCACACAACAUUGCUAGCUCCCUAUGGUACAACAUGAUGCCCCCGGUCAAGUGUGCCCAUAUGCUACACAAUUCCAAAUUUCUAGUACAAGCUUGGAGAUCCUGGCAUUCAACCAUUAUUAAACCCGACACCCUAUUCCAUUCUGCACCAAUUGAGGUGCUGAUGAGCAUUUCCCCAGACCUAAUGAUUAAACCGUGGGUCACAAAAGGUAUUCAAAAGGUGAAUGAUCUAUUAGAGGGGGAUAAAAUUUAACUAUUUCCAGUGCUCCAAAAACAAUACUCACUACCACCGAGAGACCUAUUUUUGUACAUGAGAGUAAAAAAAUUAAUGUUUUCCAGGUUAGACACUACACAUGAUGUACUUCUCAAAGUGGUAGUGAAUGUACCCUCAAUGCUUUCAGCCAAACACUUGAAACCUCUCUCUCUAUGUUACAAUGCUCUUCUCCAGGGGCCUGCAAAAGACAAAAUGCCCUAUAUGAUCCAAUGGGAGAAGGAGCUGGGGUAUGAGAUACCUCUGUCACAUUGGCUCGAAGCUAUGUCAAUUACUAAACAAGCCUCAAGGAACUUAUCACUCUGGGAAGCCUUCUGUAAAAUCACCAUGAGAUGGUACCUGGUGCCAUACAAGUUAUCGUGAAUCUGUAAGGAGGCAUCAGAGCUAUGCUGGAGAUGCAAAACACAGAUAGGCACUAUGCUACACACAUUUUGGGAUUGUCCGGCCCUGGGAGAAUACUGGGACCGGGUGGGGAAAUUUAUCUCUGAUACCACACUCUAUAGAAUACCAAAGAAGCCAACCAGCUACCUUCUGCAUAACAUCCCCGGGCUGAUACACCACCCCAACCACAAAGUAUUGCUCAUCAUUCUCACGGUAGCUAAGAUAAACUUGGCGUUCCACUGGAAGAGCACGACGAUUCCCUUGUUAGAUACUCUCAUACAGAGGUUGAAUACGAUAAGUAUUUACGAGAGAAUGGUAAGCAAAACACAGGGUUGUGUAAGUAGGUAUGUGAGAGAUUGGGAAUGCUGGACCACAAAUAUUGGAAAGGCACAGGACAGCAACACUAACAAUGAGGAAACUGAUAGGAAUAAAUAGCUUAUAGGGCACCACUUUUGUGUGACUUGAAUGUCCGGCCAGGCUCUAGGGUUCUAAGGCCAGGGUAUGUGUCACAAGAACUGUUGCAUAAGCAAUAUCAAUGUGAACCUAACCCUCCCCCCCCCUUUUUUUUUUACUUUCUGUACUCUAUGUUAUCUUUCUAUGUUAUUCUUAUGUUUUAAUGAAGCUAAUAAGGCUACAAUUACCGGAGGACAACAGCAUAAUACGUUUAAGCAAAGCUUUGAUGUCAAUCUAGGAGAAAUAGUUGUAAAUUGUCGUAUAGCAAUUGUUUACUCUGUUAUAUGAAAAUGUUACAGUUUUGAUAUUAUAUGCAUUGAUAUCAUUCUCUAAUAAAAAUGAUAUAUGGAAAAAAAAAAAAAAGAAUAUAGCAGAAAGUAUAGCCGAAACCAGAGCUUUGCAUAUCUAAGGUUAGAGGGUGGAAAAAAAUAACACAAUUUGUGGCACAGAUUACAACGGCACUGAAUAUAAGCAAUUAUUUCUUGUCCACACCCAAUGUUUUUCUCACCUCGGAGAAACUAAUAAAGCAAACUAGUUUUGUGUUUGAAAGCUGUUGUAACCAGUUCAAAUCACAUUCAGCUGUUAUGAAACUCAGCGUACAGGGUUUGUUUCUCGUGUAUUUCCAAAUUCUCUUUAUUUACAUGUCUAUUACAUUGCUACUUAUUCUACAUUAGAACAUUAAAUGUUAGAGUAUUAGAAUGUCGAGUUUUUAGCAAGUCAGUGAAAGAAUGGGAUGAGUGAAGCAGAUAUAUGGAAAUAAAUAAACCAUGGCAUCUCUUGAAAUGCCAGAGCAGCAUAUAAAUAGACCGAAUUUGCUGAGUCUCUGCUCCCCCCUGCUGCCUUUCAAAGGUUACCAUGCUGGAGUGGUACAUGGUCUGUGUCAGAACAUUACAAGAGGAUCCUCAGUUGACUUUUACUGGCACAUGCCAGCGGUUCACACAGAUGAUGGCAUAGAUAGCAUUAUAACACAGACAGGACAGUGAACACACAGUCAGUGCAAUAGUACACACAAACAGUGCAAAAGUAUAAACAAAAAACAAUACAUACACCUACUACAACAGAACACAUAAACAGCACAGCAGUAUGUCCAAAUAAUACAACAGUGUACACAGAUAGUGCACACAAACAGCAAAGUAGCAUAUACAGAGAGAUGGUGCAUCUGUACACAUGAAUAGUACAAUAAUAACAGGUCUCAAUAGCUUAAUAGCAUUUUGUACUUAAUGCAUGGCAAUAGCAUGUUCAUGGAAUGGAGUGUCAGUGUGUGUGUGAAUGCAGGGCAUAUUAAACCCAGCAGCCAGGGCCAUCUUUAAUAAUAGUUGGACCCUAGGCAAGCAUUUGCUAGGGCUCCCUGGACCCUGCCUCCCAACUCCCUGGCAUACAAUCACACCCUUCAUUGCAACACAGUGGUGGAACUAAAGUAGAGAGGGCCCUGGUGCAAGACUUUUUUGGGGCAAAAUGGGAGAUCCCCAUCUGUCAUACAACUCUAACAAUGCUUUGACAGCUGGGGAUAUACCAUUUCCCCAUGCUUGCACAAAUAUUUAGCACUGAGCAGUGUUUGUGUGUUUGAAUGUAAGCAUGUUUUUGUAUGGAGUAUGUUUUUGUGAAUGUAGGAGUGUGUUUGUAUGGCGUUUGAAUGCAAGUAUGCAUUUAUGUGUGAUGUUCGUUUUUGAAUGCAGGGAUGUGUUUAUAUUUAAUUUUGGUGUUUAACACGAGGUGUGUUUGUAUGUAGUGUUAACAUCAAUGUAGGGGUGUAUUUGUGUGUAGUGUUGGUGUUUGAUAUGCUGAUAUGUAUACACAAACACUGCCACACACACACUGUGAUACACACACACUGAUACAAAUCCAGAUAUACAGACACACACUGACACAGAUACAUACACAGAGACACAAAUUGACAUUCAUGCAGUUACACAGACACAAAGGUACACACGCUGACACACAUGCAGAUACACAUACUGAUUACAGAUACACACAAUGACAACAUACAGAAACACUGACACACAAACAGACCCACAGAUACACAACUUGAUGCACAUGCAGACACACAUGCAGAUACACACACUGACACACAUACAGACACAUACACUAACUAUAUAUAGAUACACAGAUACACACAAUAACAACAUACAUAUACACACACAAACACACAUACAGAGGCACAUGCAGAUGCACAGAUACAGACAUUGACACAGAAGUAGAUAUACAGACACACAGAUAUGCACACUAUGCACACACACUGACAACAUACAGAUACACUGAUACACACACUUACUACAUACAGAUACACAGACACACACAGCCACAUGCAUGCAAAUACACAGACACAACGCUACACACACUGACACAUAUACAGAGAUACACCCAUUGGUACUUACACACAUUAACACACAGACAUCCGUUGGGUAAGUGUGAUAGGGUUUGGGGAGUAGGUGUGAGGGUGGGUGAGAAUGCCACAGUUAAGGAGUGUGCGUGACAGGGUUGGGAGUUUGGAUGUGAGUGUUGGGGAUUGGUGAGUGAUUGUGGGCGGGUGGUAAAUAUGUAACAGGGUUAAGGGUGGCUAGUGUGACACGGUUAGUAAGACAGGUUUGGGGGGCUAGUGAUACAGGGUAGGGGGAUUAGUGAGACAGGGUUGGGGAGGUUAGGGAGACAGUUAAGGAAGUUAGGGGAGUUAGUGACAGGGUUAGGGGGUUAGAGAGACAUGGUUAGUAUGGCAGGGUUAGGAAGGUUAGGGGGGUCAGUGAGACAGGGUUAGGAAGUUAGUGAGACAGGGUUAGGAAGUUAAUGAGAAAGGGUUAGGGGGUUAGAGAGACAGGGUUAGGGAGGUUAGUGUGCCAGGGUUAGGGGGGUUAGUAUGGCAGGGUUAGGGAGGUUAAUAUGGCAGGGUUAGGGAGGUUAGUAUGGCAGGGUUAAGAAGGUUAGGGGGGUUAGUGAGACAGGGUUAGGAAGUUAGUAUGGCAGGGUUAAGAAGGUUAGGGGGGUUAGUGAGACAGGGUUAGGAAGUUAGUAAAACAGGGUUAGGAAGUUAGUGAGAAAAGGUUAGGGGUUUAGAGAGACAGGGUUAGGGAAGUUAGUGUGCCAGGGUUAGAGAGGUUAGUAUGGCAGAGUUAGGGAGGUUAGUAUGGCAUGGUUAGGAAGGUUAGGGGGGUUAGUUAGACAUGGUUGGGAAGUUAGUGAGACAGGGUUAGGGGGUUAGAGUGACAGGGGUAGGGUGGCUAGUAAGACAAGAUUAGGGGGUUAGUGAGACAGGGUUAGGGGGUUAAUAUCACAGAGUGAGGGUAAAACACACAGACUUAAAAUAUAUUUUGCUUUGCCCCCCUCCUGCUUAUUUUCUGUGCAGGCAGGGGAGGCAAUCAUUAAUUUCAUGGUGGUCCAGUGGGUCCCUGGUGGUCCCGUGUGCUGCUGGUUCGCUCCCUGGUGGUCCAGUGUGCUGUUAGUUAACUCCCUGGUGGUCCAGUGUGCUGCUUGGGCCGCUGCGCAGUUCCGACACAGUGUGAUGAUGUCAGAGCGCAGGCUGGGAACCCGGCGCCUGUGCUCUGACACUCACAGUGCGCCGGAACCUCGUAGGAGUAGGGCAGCCCCAGCAGCACACUGAAGUUCACUAGACCAUCAGGGAGUUCACUAGACCACCAGGGAGUCGACUUGUAACAGCUGGCAGGGAGAUCUUUUGAUCUUCCAGCUAGCUCAAGGAAGGGGGCUCAAUCAGAGCCGGCGCCUUAUAAUUCAGGCUAUUGGCGGAUUCAGCACAGCCUCUGAUAGCCCGAAAUAACUGAUGAUCCUAAAAUAAAUUGUUGUGAUUGAGGGCAAACGGGGCAGCUGCUUUGGGCCCCCCGGGAGUAACUCGGCCCGGGGCAUCAGCCCCGUUUGCCCCUCGUUAAAGACGGCCCUGCCAGCGGCCUUGGGUAAACGUUCUCUAGUGAUUCCACACAUUAUUACAGUGCAAGCUCCCGAAGCGCUGUGUUUAGAACUAGCUGAAGCAAGGCUGUGGCUGCACUCUAUUUAAAGCCUCUGGAGAGGCUCUCUUUGCCUACACCCCCCAUCUAUGAGUGCUUUAUCCUAGACAUAGCUCACUGUGGCUCAAUUUACACUUGCCUUUAUCAAGGGGGCAAGUGGACAUUUUGAGCCCUGCAAGUAGGAAAAAAACGUCUUUCGUUUCAAACUUGUAAGACUUUUAUUUUUACUUCAAAUGGAAUUUGUUGAGGUUUUUAAGGCAAAUUACCAUCCUAUAUACAGAUAACCAAUAGGACACUUGAGCCCAUUGAAUUUAAUGGUCUAGUUCCUGCAAUAAAAUUGUUUUUUUUUUGUUUUUUUGUUUGUUUUGUUUUUACAAUGUUCUAUGCAAUCACUUUGACCUCGAGUAUUUUUAAAUCUGCUGUUUUACACACUUCUUGGGAUAUCAGUAAAUCACUCCCUGCAAACUCCUAGCAGCUGCUGAAAUGCAGUAUUCAUAUCAAACAGUGCUGGCAGAAUGCCAGGCGUUAUAUAACGAAAUUCACCUGCAAGGGAAAACAUUACCCUAGAAAUAGAUGCAUUUUAUUGUAUGAGGUUCCCUGCCCAUGUACUGACAGAUGAUCCUCUGAAUGUAAUGUCUGAAAGGUUUAUAAAAUACUGAUGUUAGGGAGUUUCUUUCUAUAAGCAAACAGAUAAAAUUGUUAAGAUCCAGCUAGUAUAACACGAAAGCAAGAAACCCAAGCGGUUAUCAACUUGUCUGAACUGGUACUGUAGGCAUGUGGUGGGCAGUGAAUGUUUUGGCUAUGUUGUGAUAUUAAUGCCCAAUGUUGGAACAACAACUCCACAUGUAACUGAGAAUAAAUUAACCCCGUCAUGACAACGGGAUAAGAAGAUGCCAUUAUGUAAUAACAUACAUGGUAGAGCAUGGUGUUUAUGCAGACUGUCACUUUUCCAGAAGUGCAUGGUACAGAUGUGCACUAGAGAUGAUGUUUUAUUGUUACAAAUGCCACUAUUUAUGCACAUGCACAGUGCCCUAGUAAGUGCGUGCAUAAACACAGGGAAUUCUAUCAGGAUUCCAAAUUUUACACUCAUUAAGUAGCCAUUGGCAAGUAGAAAUUCAGCCCUGGUGAGUGUGUCAUGGACCCCACAAGUUUCCAGAGGCGAGUAACUUUUACACCUGUGUAGUAGCAUAGGACUUGAAACUUUGAGCCCUAAUUCUAUGGUGCUCCUGUGGAUGUACUAUUGCUAUUUUGCGUUGCUGGUCAGAGAAAAAAGAUAACAGAGAAAGAACUUACGACCACAGGCUGAGGUCCUAAAUGGGCACAGUCACAUCUGAUGUAUCAGUGGGGACAUAUGUUUCAUUCAUGCAUUCAUUUUUUUUUAAUGAAAAUGCUCAUUUGUUUGUACUAUUCAAAAAUACAACUGGAUUCCAUUCAUCUAUAGCAUAAGAGGUGAAAAAAAACUGACAACUAUUUUUACAGUAAGUACUAUUUGACCUACAAUAUAUGGGUAACAUUUGACCUGACAUCACUGUAUUAAGAGAUAACAUCAGCCACAAAUUGUUACUGUCAGUUUGUUAAGCUGGGUCACACCGAACAGGUUAGGUGGCAGCAUACUUCAAGCCGGAUGCCAGUCUGCUCAGACAUAGGUAUCAGACUUACUGGGGGACCUAACUCCGUCACCAUGUGCCACUAGCACAGACGAUGAAAUAGACAGAAUGUGACCUUAUACAUUGCACCAAUUAAAACUCCUAAUGCAAGUGGUACUAAAAACACAACAAUGAGACUUGUGAAAAAAAAUAACAAAAAAAACAAACAUGUAUUGACUAUAAAUACUAACAGGUGGUAAAGGACAAGAAAGCAUUAUUUUAAAGGGACACUAUAGUCACCUGAACAACUUUAGCUUAAUUAAGCAGUUUUAGAACAUGCCCCUGCAGCCUCACUGCUCAAUCCUCUGCCAUUUAGGAGUUAAAUCCCUUUGUUUAUCAACCCUAGUCACACCUCCCUGCAUGUGACUUGUACAGCCUUCCAUAAACACUUCCUUUAAAGAGAGCCGUAUUUAGGCUUUCUUUAUUGCAAGUUCUGUUUAAUUAAGAUUUUCUUAUCCCCUGCUAUGUUAAUAGCUCGCUAGACCCUGCAAGAGCCUCCUGUAUGUGAUUACAGUUCAAUUUAGAGAUUGAGAUACAAUUAUUUAAGGUAAAUUACAUCUGUUUGAAAGUGAAACCAGUUAUUUUUUUUAUGCAGGCUCUGUCAAUCAUAGCCAGGGGAGGUGUGGCUAGGGCUGCAUAAACAGAAACAAAGUGAUUUAACUCCUAAAUGACAGUGAAUUGAGCAGUGAAAUUGCAGGGGAAUGAUCUAUACACUAAAACUGCUUUAUUUAGCUAAAGUAAUUUAGGUGACAAUAGUGUUCUUUUAAGCUUUAAACCCUCACUAUACAUGCAGUCACCUAGCAGUUAUUAGGUCUUUCCGUACUGCCGCCAUGUUUUUCUUGUUUUGAGAUUGUGGUUGGCUCUGAAAUCACCAUACAGAAACAAUACUUGAAUCUGCCUGGUGUGUAAGAAGUGGCAAUGGGGGAUCUUACACACCAAGCAGAUUAAAGUAUUGCUCUAAUAUAGAAAUUUCCCCCCUGAACUUGUCUUGUCUAUGUGUUUAAUUUUCAGACUUUUUCACCUUGGUUACAUGUGGACACUUUUAUAACUAAUGUUAUUCAUCUAAUACAAAAAUAGCACCACAGUCUGGCUACAUCUGUCUAGCUGUCUGCCUCUCUGUCUGUCUACCUAUCUGUCUGUCUGUCUGUCUGUCUGACUGUCUGUUUGUUUUAUCCAUUUAAUACAAAAUAAAAUGUCAUACAUUACAUAAGAGAGAGCUUACCCUGAAUACACUCACCGUGCACCUUUCUAUAGGCUAUUAAGUGAAAAAGUCACUAAAUCUAUUCAAUCGUAUUUUCAUGGCCAGACAUGGUCCGCCAAGCAGUUCUUUUAAUGCUUUCAGUUUUUUUGUUUUGUCCCUUAAACUGUCCCUGUAUGAUUCAGCCACUUUGUCCUCCUGUUUAUUUGUGUUGUCUUCUCACUGUACAAAGGCCCAAGAGGAGAAGGGAGGGCUCUGGACAGAGGUUGUUCUAGUCUGGGCGUAACUGGGAUGCCAGACAUUAAGAACUGGGAGUUCUGCCAAGAGUUUUAUCAAAGGAAGCAGAUCGGCCGGCAGCUGGAGAUGGGAGCUUGCCAGCUGUCUUUCUCUCUCAUAUUUCUUCAUCUUUUCUUUACUUUCAUUCGUUUUUCCCCCAAUCUCCCCACACAUUUACAUUUUUCUCUACCUGUUUCUUGAUCAGCUAUUUUAUAUUCCUAUCUGCUCAGAUUAGUUCUUACAUUGUCCGUACCCCACUCCCACAGUAUUCUGUCCUUAGAAUGUUCUCUCUUUUGGAACCCUGCGUCUUGUAACCAUUUUUUUUCCAGGCUCUUGUCCUUUAAUAAACAUUCUUCUUGCCUUUAUCAUUCAGACUGUGCCUUAAAAUAGCAUUAACAAGUCCAGCUGUUUAAUGCAUUUUUCUCUGGCAGUGAAAGUGUUACAGUGCUUUCGUAAACUGCGUUUGUUUGCACUUUAGGCCUGUAGCAGCUGUCAACUGCAUAGAGACACACAGGGUUAUUCACUACACUGGGAAUAGGCAGGAACUGACCAGGCAAAUGCAAAUUAUGGGUCAAAGUAGCCAAAUUGACAAAAUAACAGAGUGGGAGUUUUUUUUUUUUUUUAAAGGGACUUUAUAGUCAUCAGAACAACUACAGCUUAAUGUAGUUGUUCUGGUGAAUAUAGUCAUUCACUGCAGCUUUUUUCAUGUAAACACUAACUCUAACUGUCUGUUAGUUUCUUGCUUUUGUUGUAUACUAGCUGGAACCAUGUCCCUUCUUGCCCUUGUUCAUGUCAGCUCCUGUCACCUAUCUGCCUUCCUCUCACCAUCCAUAUCCCUGUCCACAUACCCCUUCCUUUACCCACCCAUCCUCGGUGGUUAAACCAUCAUAGAAAAGGCAGUGUUUACAUUGCUCCCUAGGGAUACCUCCAGUGUCAGUCACUCAGAAGGCUACUAGAGGUACUUCCUGGGUCAAUGCUGCACAAGGUGCAGCACUGACGAUCUGCAUCUCCACGCUCUGCAUGGAGACACUGAGCUUUCCUCAAAGAUAUUAAUAUAGUGUUUCUUUAAAUUCAGUUAGUGUGGCCUAAAAUGUACUGUCUCUUUUCAGUUUUGCUCAAUUCUUUGUUUAGUGAAUAACAGAGGUUACCUCACUCACUUGUUGAAGUAACAUUUUACAUUCUGAUUUUAAAGUUCCAUUUGCCUCAUAAAAUACAUUGCAUUAACACAAUUCCACUUAAACCUGUUUAGCACAUAAUAUUUACACAUCCAACCUCUAACGAUUAUCUGCUCAAUUUAUUACAUUUAAAUAUUUAUUAACUGUACUAGAAUCGUAAACAGGAGGUUUAGGAUGGAGGGUAGAAUGGCAGUUCACAGGGUGAAUGGACACACAAUUUGCAGUAUUUAGGCCAAAAUAGUUGUCUAAGCUAAAAUGGGCAUAUUUUCCCCCAGCAUUUACGUAGAAUAUGCUUAUCAUUAAUUAUUCAGCAAAGUUCACAUCCUCUAAACUGAUGGGUUUUUUUGUUUAACGUUAACAUACAUAUAGACCGUUUUAUACUUUCUGCUGAUUAAUAUACUUUUAACACCCUUUCCUAUUUCCUGUGAUUAUGUAACAGACUCUAUGUCUGGGCAAAAAUAGAACAUAAUAAAAUCCAAGGACUGCUUUAAAAUAUCUUUACGUGUUUCUCUACUAAGACAUGGUAUAGGACACUUCGUCCAAAUAGGUGAAUUGAUACAUUAUUUAUCAGCUGGUUUAAUAUGAGGGGACUUUAAUGAUUGCGUCUGAUUAAAAAAAAGAAAUCAUGAAAUUAUCCUAAUUUUCAAACAAACACUAUAAUUUAUUUUACAAUUUAGUAGUUACACCCAACAUACAUGCAUUUAAUUAUGCAUUUUUCCAUUGAGUUUCUAUUUAAAAACAACUUGCAAAAGCUGCAGAUAUCUUGUCUGCAGCUUUUGCAAAUCGUCUCCUUCUUCCAUAGUUUAGCCUUUCUGUAGCUGUUCAAUCACAGAUUUCCCAAUUCAAAAAAAAAAAUUCUAUUGAAAUCUGCACUUUUUGUAAAAUGAAAAAAGAGGACACACUCUUGGAACAUAAAGCACUUCAUCAAGCUAGUGCUUUAGGGGUCUGGGGUGUCCCUUUAAUAAACCUUAAACUUUAGCUCCAUCAUAGUGUAUCCCACGUCUAAAAGGAAGCUGAGAGACAACAGAAGAAUAUAAUACACCAGUUAUCCCAUACAUUAUUCAGUUUAUAUGAUACACCUUGAACUUUACUCCACCAUUGUGUCUCCCACCUCUAAAAGGAAGCUGAGAGACAUCAGAAGAAUAUAAUACACCGGUUAUCCCAUACAUUAUUCAGUUUAUAUGAUACACCAGGAAUCUGUGAAAGCCCUUUAUUUAUUUUUUUAAAUAUAUUUAUAUUGCCAAUUUAAUGAAUAUCAGAUUUGUGGAGAGAAUGAGUGUGGUGAGGAGGAAGAGGAGGGUGACUGUGGUGCAUCGUUGUCAUGUAGGUUGACAAUGAAGUAGGCAGACUUUGUGAAAUCUGGUACUCAGACAUUUCAACCUCAGGUAAAACGUAUUGUUCUUUCAUCUUCUCUCUUUUUUGUUACAUACUGAGAGUGAUUCAGCAAUUCCAAAUAUAUACCACCAUUUGGCAUGCCCUAUGUCGCAUACCUACGUCCCUUUGACAUGUCCAAAAUGGCUGCAGUCUUCUGUUAGUUUACUAAUAAACUAUAAGUCAAUGUGGUGGAUUUGGUGUUAUGACCCUAUCUGUGUGCAGCCUCUCUGCUUUUUGUCAAACCACUUUCAAACAAUUUGACAAAAUCACACACUCCUUGUACUUGUGAUACCAGAAGAGGAAAAUUUCACGUCCUUGUUCCCUUUUCUUGAACAGAAUUCAGUGAGUGGCUGAGAGUGCUCUAUCAUAGAACAAUUUGUCAAACACAAAUUAAUGUAGCCAUUCAGGCUAUAUCAACAUAGGCCAACUUGUCAUGGCCAGAUUGACUGCCACGCUAAACACCAUUUCUGAUUGCCUGCAUUAAAUUUGGUAUGUGUUCCAUUGUGGCAAUUCAUUAUGGAGACCGAUGAGUUUGGAACAGUAAGAAUAAAAAGGGCAAUCUUUGAUUAAACCCAACACAUAGAAUAUGUACAGCAUCUAUUAAAUUAUAAAAUUAUGUAAUGGGAAAUAUAUAUUGAGGUGGUUAAACCAUUUGAGAACAGUUAACCCCUUGUGGUUAGAGUGCCCAUAACAACCUACUUUAGAAGUUGUUUUGGUUCCUGGAGGGCCUCUUUAAGCCACGUGUUUUGUUAGAAUUAAAUGUUUUUCUGUUUCCUAUUGUACAGCGCUGUAGAAUAUAUUGUCUAUAUAGAGAUAAUUGCAAUUGGACUAGAGAACAAAGGAAUAGCACUAGAAGUAGAUUACAGAGGUGUCGGGAGAUGAUAUGAGAGCAAAGAUCAGGUAGGGAGGGAGUUUCCAAAUAAGUGGUUAUGAUCCAGGGACCAGGCUUGAAAGUUGAAGGACAUAUCUAGAUCUGAGUGUUCCCGAUGAAACCCUUUAAAAUAUCAUAAAAACAGAUACAAUAUUCCAAUGAACAAAAAGCAUCUGUUGCACAAUUUGUUUUCUUAGUUUUUUGGUUUAAAAAGAGAGUGUUAUGAUUUAUCAAUAUAAAUCCAAAUGCAAGGUCACUUAACUGGGAUACAAUUGCCACUUGACUUUGUUUUGAAGUUUAGCUCAGAAUUGUUUCAUUUAAGUGUUUUCUUCUUUGUUAGAAACACUUGUGAGACAAUGUUAUCAGCAUUCAAGAACAGUCUGUACAAAAGUCUCAAGUUAUGAUAAAUUUAGUGUUUUAAUAUAGAUUAUGAUAUCACCUGCAUACAUGGUUUUUAUGCCAUGUGUACAUAAUUUCUAAUUUUAGAGAGUAAAUACUGUUGGCAACGGACACAUAUGGAAGAGAACCAAUUUACGGGGUUAUUUACAUUAAUUCAAAGUGAAUUCCGAAUUUAAGGCCAGAGUAGUCAAACUGAAAGCAUAGCAGGCAGAGAGAAUUAUUCCAAUUUGGCUAGUUUGACCUUAAAUCCAAACUUCACUUUUAAUUUACUUUGAAUUAUCAUCUUAGUGAAUAACCCAGUUAUUCAAUGAUCUGACAUUUUAAGUUUGCUUCUUAAAUUAUCACGAUUAACCAUUGCAAGAUCUUUAAAACAUCUGGAGAAAUAGCUUGAAUAAAUUUAUGUUGAUCCAUGCCAGUUUGAAAGUUGCUUUCCAGUUUACUCUUAGUUCAGUAAUUCUGAGCAGUAUUUUUUCAUAACUAAAAAUAUAAUGAAUUUAUCUCAAAUGGCAUUAAAGCAACCUGAUAAAACCAAUCAAGUGACAGACACUUCCUGUAUUUGUAAUAAUGUAUGUUUGUGUGUGUGUGUGUGUGUGUGUGUGUGUGUUUGUGUGUGUGUAUUUGUUUGCGUUUCUGUGUGAGGUUGUGUGUCUGUUUAUGUUUUUCUGUGUUUGUGUAUAUGUGCAUGUAUUUGGGUGUGUUUCUGUGUGAGGUUUUGUGUUUCUGUGUGUUUUUCUGCGUUUGUGCAUGUUUGUAUGUGUUUCUGUGUGUUUACGAAGGUUUUGUAUGGAUUGUAAUUGUUAGACGCAAAUUCCUGAAAUGCGGACAACUAUAGCAAAGUCACUUCCUCUUCCUGCUGUUCAUAUCAGCAGUGUAUUUAUAAAGCCUUCACACAGGAUAGAGGAGUCUUGAUAACAUGUUUUCAUACUCUACUCUCAACACUCCGGUGACCUCUAAUUAUUCAUACUCUGCAAGUCAGCCUUGCUUCCAGUUCAGCUUUACAUUUGAAAUUCAGUUUGACUUCACUUUGAAUUCUGGACAAUUGUCACUUUAGUAAAUAAUACUAUUGGUCUGGUGCAUAUAGAAGUGAAACAUGGACAGCAUAGACAGAAAGAUCUACAGACUGAUACAGUGAAAUAUAUUAUAUAACUAGCUAAAUGAUCUAAAACAAGCAUUUUAAACUCUGCCCACAGGAUGUUGCUGAACUACAAAUAUUCCCAAUUAUUAUCUGGCCACCUAUUGCAUUCAAAGCACUCUGGGAUUUAUUGAUCAUCACCAUCUGUGGUGAUCCCUGAGUUUUAGAUUCCCUGAUGUGAAAAGUUUUAGAUCCCUGAUCUCAAUGUUUUAAACAAUUUUUAAGACAGAGACAUCUUUCUUGUGGAUUGUUGAUUAUCGCAAAAUAUAGCUUAUCGUAGAGGUCUGAGUGACUUGAGGAGAGACAGCCUUAGCAAUCUUUGUAUGAGAUAUGACUGCAUAGGAUGCAAUUUGAGAUGGAACCACAUUCAGCAGCUUCCUGUACUGUUCAUACAUUUGCUUCCAGGCCCAUAGCAAUGCAGUCAAUCUUACACUAUUCUCGCACAAGAUCACUGUGGUCCAAUUAGCUUUUUUGCUGACCUCAGGUGUCAGAAAUCAGUGCUUAUAAGUACGUUAGCCAGCUAUCUCAAGACUUCAGCCAGUGCUCAUUGACGGGUGAACUGAAAUGGGACAUUAGAUUUGGGAGUGAGAUGUUAUUGAUGUGUGUGCCUGCAUGUAAAAGAACGUGUAUGUGUGCCAUUGUGUAUUCUGGUUAAAUUAAGUGUGUUUAUGUAUACAUUGUCAGACAUUUUGUGGUUAAAAUAUCUCACAACAUGUAUAAGAAAUAUAAUAAGAUAGUUAUCAAAGUGUCGUCUUAUGAAAAGUUUAAAUUGGUAAGAUUCACCAACAGAAUGGGCCUGCUGGUUAUAGUGGUCUCCUUUGUAAUUGCCCCACUUUUAGUACUUUGCACCAAUUUGCAGAAAACAAUAAAUCUGGCUUAUGCUUGUUUAAGCAAAAGCAUGUCAUUAAGUAUUUAUAAAAGAGAUGUGCAUGCAUUGACAAGUGUGUGUUUCUAUGAAUGAAACUCUGUUUACUAAAAGUGUAGUCCUUUCCUUUUUUUUCUUCUUUUUUUUAAUUAGAAACAUAAAACAGAGCUCAAAAAACUCAAGAAACUAUAUAUUUUAAAUUCCUAAUUAAUUUGACCCCUUAUGGGCAUAUGUAAAUCUGUCCGUACCCACAUGCUGAGACACACUGCACUGUUAGCAAUCUGGCACACAGGAUUUCGGUAGUUAAAGGACCACUAUAGUGCCAGGAAAACAUACUCGUUUUCCUGGCACUAUAGUGCCCUGAGGGUGCCCCCAUCCUCAGGGUCCCCCUCCCGCCCGGCUCUGGAAAGGGGAAAGGGGUUAAAACUUACCUUUUUCCAGCACUGGGCGGAGAGCUCUCCUCCUCCGAUCCUCCUUUUCUCCUCCCCGUCGGCUGAAUGCGCACGCACGGCAAGAGCUGCACGCGCAUUCAGCCGGUCACAUAGGAAAGCAUUCAUAAUGCUUUCCUAUGGAUGCUGGCGUGCUCUCACUGUGAAAAUCACAGUGAGAAGCACGCAAGCGCCUCUAGCGGCUGUCAAUGAGACAGCCGCUAGAGGAAAUAGGGGAAGGCUUCACCCAUUCAUAAACCUAGCUGGACCAGGCACCCAGACCACUUCAUUAAGCUGAAGUGGUCUGGGUGCCUAGAGUGGUCCUUAAAGAUAAUGCACAGCUAUUUUAGGAGUAUACUAGGUCAGUUAGUUUCAGCAUUUAGAAAAAAAUGCUCAAAUCAUGGAAGGAUUUGGACUAUUCUGGAUAAAUUUUGACACUCUGGCAUUAAGACACAGACUUGUUAAAAAAGCAAACAAACCAUAGAAAAUGCAUUCAGCAACUGCCAUCUAUAUAAAUAUAUUAAGGCAAUAUUUAGUUUCAAGCAUCUGCCUGUCUCACAAUUUCUUUACUAAAGAGAGCAUGUUAUUUUUAUUCUCUUGCUGUAUGGCUAAUUAAUCCUUCAUGUGAUUUCACGAGUCAUGAUUGUCGAUUAUUUAACGAGCAUUUAAGAAAUCACAAAUGACAGGGGAUCCUGUAAAGGGAGCAUAUGAAUGCAAGAUUCACGCGAGCUCAUAUUUAUGGACGUUUGGGUUAAAGACAAGAGGUUCAAGCACUCAUGCCACCCCUUUAAAAAUCCCCCACUUGCUUCCAAAAGAGAAACAAAUAAAUUAUUCAUAAACUUGUGAGAGAAAAUCCCUGUUUUAAUGUUUAAUGUAUAAACAGAACCUUUAACAAUUUGUGCCUUACAUUUGAAGAAGUGCUAUAAAUAUUGUCUGAGAUAGAACAGAUAAUAGAAUAGUCAGCCUUUCUAUAAUACCCACAUUCUUCCUUGUUGUCUUCUUUCCAUGGCUUAGACAGUACUAUGUGGUUUUGUUACCCACCCUCUGUUCGGAGUCCUUUGUCUUCCUUCCUUCCUUCCUUAAAUGCCCCUUCCAUUCUGUAUUUCUAAACUCUGGGCUUAAAAGUAUUCUGUCAUUUUUUUGAAUACCCAAUAGGGUUAUGCUGGGCCCCUCUAAUUGGCUAAGAGUAUUACCUGAUUUUGUCCCUGUAUUGGGCUGUGCUUAAUUUAAGAGAGACAACUAGGUUCUCCUGUAGGAGAAACCAGAUGGGGCCCGGGCACCCAGCAGACCCACAUUAGUUGUCAAACUGACAGGGCACUAUUGGUACCAUAACCACUACAGUUGGCUGAAGCGCCCAUGGUUCUGAGUGUGUUUAUAUAAGUUGACAAAAGGCUAGUUUCUGAUAAAUUCCAUUGAAAUGUUGUAUUAUUGAUACAUAUGAAUAAACAUUUGUAAAAAUAUUAGUACAAUAAGUAGAAUUGUAAAAACACAGAGCAGAUCAUUGAAAACAAAACUGCUAAAUUUAGGCAAAAAAAAAAAUCAAAACUGUAACGUGACUAUAGAUGAGUUGGAAGUUAUUUUUUUAAAAUUCUAAAUCAUUACCUUUGUUGUCUGUGUUUUGCACUUUUGUUUUCAAUUCAUUACAGAUUGGUAUUUAUUUUUUUAAUAACAAAUUCUGCAGCACUGUACAAAUGGGCACAAAGGUAGUAUAAAAUACAGAAACCUAUACAUACGGUAAAGUGGGCCCUUCCAAUGAGCUAAGAUCUAGCUAUAAAAGCGAGAUAUCCCAUGAGCUUACAAUCUAAAGGCUAAAAUGGGGAGUUGACACAAGAGGUAGCAGGGGGACAUUGAAGGUGAUGGCCAGAAGAAUAGCAUUAACAAGUAAAGAAAUACCAAUAGACUGCUUUACUAAUGCGAUGAAGCAAACGAAAAACUAGUAUGCAUAAUUAAACAUAUAAUAAAUACGAUCCAAACAAUGGAAACAUUCUAAGUUGUUUGCUUUGUUGAAUUUUCCUUUUAAUCUAUCAAAUCAAAAUGUUUCAUUGUAUUUGGUUGUAAACACAGACAGGGAUGCUUGGCAGUCCAGCUGCUGUGAACUCCAACCCCCUGAUUCUCAGGCUACAAACAGUAUGUCAUCGCCCAUACAAAAUAAAUAUACAUUGAAUAAUGAUAGUCUAAGGCAAAGGAAAAUAAUUCUCUGCCUGAAGAGGUGGUUUUAUCAGAGUCUAUACAGAUGUUUAAACAGCAAUUGGGUAAAUACUUGCAAAAACACAAUAUACAGGGAUAUAAUUUUUUUAAUUUGUGGGCUAAUAGCUUCUUGAUCCAAUGAGAGAUCUGACUGCCAUUCAGGGGCCAACAGGAUUUUUUCCCCUAUUUUGUUGUAAAAUUAAAAAGUGCUUCAAACAAUUUUUGUUUUUUUUUGCCUUUUUUUGGAUAUAUGGCAAAAAAUAGGUAUGAGAAAGGCAGAACUCGAUGGACAAAUGUCUCUUUUCAGCCUAUAACUAUGUAACUAUGUAAAUUCUUUCAAAUAUUUUUUGAAGACUGAUUAACUGGAUGAAAUUAAUCAGUAAUUAUUUUGUUACUAGGCUGCUCUCUUAUUCUGCUUUAAUAUACAUCACAUAUGCCGCAGACAGGUGUGUAUAGAAAUGUAUGCCAAACUAUUACAUAAUAAGCAUGAGUGUUUUUAAAUAAGGUCACGCACUGACAUGUAAUUAGAGCACUUUCUGAAUGCAGUCACUUGUCAGUGGAAUUUUAAUCUCUAACCAGACUAUUAUUUUAAGUACUUAUCCGAUCAAUAUAAUAAUGUUUCUGUCAGACUGUCUCCUGCAACUAGCUUUUUAGCUUCUCACUACAUUCCCACCUGUCUCGUUUAACCGAUACCCACCUAUCUAUCUAUCUUGUCAGUACUAAACAGGUAGAUAGGUGGAUAUCGGUACCAUGUUCCCACCAAACAUUUCUGACAUUCUUCAUUGUCACUGGGGUCUUAGAGUUCCUUUAUCAUUUCAUUAUUUAAGUGGCUGCACAUGUUCAUGCUAUAUGUAUGUAGAAUGUACAUGCUGCAGGAUUCCUGAUUAACUUAUCACCUGAUUUACUACCUGCAGCAUUUGACUUCUACAUACUGCAAGACAGCACUUUCCCCACGCAGACCAUAAAUUUGUGUAUCUACGCACUGCAAUCAGGGUGGAUAUGGCACUCGUGGCCCUCAGAAUUUGCAGUAUCCCUCACUGAAUCAGACUACUUUCUUUCCUUGUCCAUACUGCCCUAGUAUCCCGAUCUAUAACAUUCAGUCUCGAUAUACCAAUUCCUACUUUGUCUAUUCUACUCUCUUGCAUUACUAUAAUCUAGUGAGUGUGUAUUGAUACAAUCUGUUAUUGCAUAUUCUCCAUAUCGGUUUUCUUGUAGUAGUAAUCCAGUUGCUGCGGAUGGCUCCUAACGUCCAGUAAUCCCGAUUGCUGACCAGGCUUUUUUCCUAAUUACAUUUCAGAUCUUGGUAGUUGGAGAUUUUUGUAGCAUUCUAAUCUGUUUCCAUCAUCUCAUAGUCUGUCACCUCUCUACUAUUAUGUUUAGUAUAUUAAAGUGUGCAGUCCAACAAACUGAAGUCUGAAUCGCAAAAUGUUGUGCUGAUUUGAAAACAAUUCCAACUUAGCUACAGCCUCAGCUGUGCUUCCAUUCGGUUCUUGAUUCACAACAAUGCAUUGUUUAGCGAUGAAACCUUCCAGAUUGUAACAUAAGAUAAGAACCAGUUGGACAACCAAAUCUGGAUCUAUCUGUUAGUAAGUAGUUCUUCUGUUUGUCUCUGAACUUCAGAAGUGACUAAUAUGUUAAAUUAUAAUUAACAUAUUAGCUGACUGUGUUGUACAUAUUUAAGUAAGCAAGAAUGUGUACAAAAUAAUUAAAUUCUAAUACUAUAAAUUGGGUCAGGUUUAAGCAGACUGUAGAUGGCAGCAGAACCAAGUGGUGCUCUUCAUUCUUGUGUCAUUUACACAGGUUUAGGGGGUACUGGAUCUGCGAAUAGCAAUCUCAAAGAAUGAUUUUCUUUGUUUAUAUUUCUGUGUUUAUUACCACGAAUAUGUUGUUGUUUUUUAACUUAAUCUCAAGUGAUAUGUUUUACUAUGGCAGUUCACUAGCUUUAGAAUGAUCUAUAGUUCCUCUCAUUGUAACAUUCGAAAGUUCUAAAUGUUGAAAAUUCUGGAGAAUAGACAAAAGUCACAAAUGUUAGUCCAAAAUAGCCAAUUUCAAAACAAUUUCAAAAUUUUGUCUCCAACUCAGCUUUAUUGGUAAAAGAUUUCUAAAUUACAAUUCUCAGCUUAGGGAAUUGCUAAAGUAGGGAUAGUACUAUUCUAUUGAAGGUGACAUUUAUACUGUAUAUUGAUAUCUGCUUGGGAAAUAGUAUAUUGGCUGCUUAACAUAGAUAGCAUGCAAAUCAAAGUAAGGUAAAGCUGUUAAACUGAGCAACAAGAGGUAGCAGAGAAAUUAUAGUGAGUACACAUGAAAAAUAAUUUAAAGUAGGAAUUAAAAUAAAAUAUCUGUGAGUAGUUGCAUUACCACUAUGCACCAGUAGAGGUCAUAUAGCUAUUUAUGACCUCAUACAAAAAAGCUAGAUUAUGGCCUAUUUUGAUGAGUACUGCCUUUUUGGUUACACGAUAUUCUGCUUAAUUUCAAAAUAUUUACUAAAGAAAAUCCUCUGGCAUUAAAUUCAAUGUUUAGCAAUCAUUUUAUCAAAGCUUUGUUAAAUUCAUAUGAUUAGCAACAGCACAUCAUUUGGAAUGACAACAUGGCAGGUUCACUAUGCACACAUUAUUAUUAUUAUUAUUAUUAUAAUUAUUAUUAUUUUACUUAUAUAGCGCCAUCAGAUUCCGUAGUGCUGUACAAUGGGACACAUGCUCUAGCAUGCCUUUACCAAACUAACACCAAAAGUAACAUUUACAAUUCCACCUGAGACACAGCUAUUAUUACGUGUUAUUGCACGCACAAGCACAUUUAUGUAGAGAUUUAUUCAAUAAACACAGAUUAAUUAUGAAUUUACAAACAGAACAUUGCAAAACUUCGGAUGAAAUCUCCAAGCUGGGUCAUGCAGAGUUGGAGAAUUGUUCCAAACUAGCAAUUUUUGUUUACAUUUAGUGAUUUAAUAUUAAGAGAAUAAACCCCUUCAUAAACUGACCUUCAUACUCCACAAUUCCUUAUAGUGUGGCCGAAUCCCAUUAAGGAUUAUUCUCUAAUCCUUGCAUUGCAGAGAAUUGAUAAGUGAAUUUGCAGAAAUCCUCAAUUCCAUUGUUAAUUUCUCACAAUUCACCUUUUACUAAAUAAACCCCAGCAAUUUUGAACCCUUUUCACGUGACUGUAGGGAUGUAUUAUGUUAUUAAAAAAAACACUCCAUUUGUUUAUAUUUAUUUUUGUACAAUUUUUUUUUACUACUUGAAAACAAUAUUAUAUAUUAUAUGAAAAUAAUAGUAUGCAAAAGAUGCAGACCUGCUGUCUACAGCCUUUGCAAGCCCUCACCUCUUGAUAUAUACCAGUCAGAAGCUCCUUAUUACAUUUUACUUACUUAUAUGCUGCUUAACACGCUUUAGUACAUUAAGUCAUUGAGAAGUGGGAAGGCAGGCGCUUGCUAGUUUAUUGAUCCUGUCGCUUCUGUUAGCUUUGUGGAGCUAACACAAAAUGAAGAAAUCUUCCCCGGUUGUCUGAUUGAAAGCCAGAGGUUGUAUCUGUGACCACUUACAUUUUUAUAAUAUUUUUAUAAAUUGGCGAUUUUUUUAAAGUGUCACAAUCAUGACAAACUCCAGACGCAUAAAGCACUUCAGCAAGCUUGAGUGCUUUCUGUGUCUGAAGUGUUCCUUUAAGUUAAACACUUUUGAACAAAUGUUCCUUGGAAAGGUAUUUGAACUGGGACUAUUAUUUAAACAGGUCAAAUUAUAACUGGAAUGCAACUUUACCUGGAUUGUAAAUAGCUGAGUAUUUUAAUAUCCUCCAAAAUCCCAACAGGAUUAUUCACUAAAGUAGGAUUAGUUGAAAAGUCAAGGUGGAUUUAAAGGAAUGCUAUAGUCACCUAAAUGACUUUAGCUAAAUAAAGCAGUUUUAGUAUAUAGAUCAUUCCCCUGCAAUUUCACUGCUCAAUUCACUGUCAUUUAGGAGUUAAAUCACUUUGUUUCUGUUUAUGCAGCCCUAGCCACACCUCCCCUGGCUAUGAUUGACAGAGCCUGCAUGAAAGAAAUAACUGGUUUCACUUUCAAACAUAUGUAAUUUACCUUAAAUAAUUGUAUCUCAAUCUCUAAAUUGAACUUUAAUCACAUACAGGAGGCUCUUGCAGGGUCUAGCAAGCUAUUAACAUAGCAGGGGAUAAGAAAAUCUUAAUUGAACAGAACUUGUAAUAAAGAAAGCCUAAAUAGGGCUCUCUUUACAGGAAGUGUUUAUUGAAGGCUGUGCAAGCCACAUGCAGGGAGGUGUGACUAGGGUUCAUAAACAAAGGGAUUUAAGUCCUAAAUGGCAGAGGAUUGAGCAGUGAGGCUGCAGGGGCAUGUUCUAUACACCAAAACUGCUUCAUUAAGCUAAAGUUGUUCAGGUGACUAUAGUGUCCCUUUAAAGUGAAUUUCAAAAUAGCUGAAUAUGGAUACAUUUUCAGAUCAACUAUUCUGGCCUAAAAAUUGUCAGUCACUUCAAGGGGUAUUCACUAAAAAGUAUGAAUUUAAAAUUUUAGGCCACAAAUACUGAAUUGUAUAAAUUCUCAGCUGCAUUACAGCAAUCUCGGCCUUAAAUGUGAAAUUCAUUUUUAAUAUCCAACAAUUGACAACAUAGUGAAUAACUUUGCAAGAGUUAAGCUUGUCUAUUUCUAAUGUUAGUAGUGAACAGUGUUUUUCCUCAAAUGGAAAUUUUGUAAUCAUAAUAAUAAAGCUAUUUAAUAAGUUAAGAAAACAAAAAUAUGUUUGCGCAAGCCUUAGAGAAAUCACAUUGAGUUGUCAUUAGAGUUGGCCACACCUUUUUAAAUAGCACAAGAUUAGUGUAAAAACAAAAUGUUUUAUGUUGGUUUAGAAAGUUGUAAUCAUUUUGGGUCUGAUAUUGUUUUGGCUAUGGUAUACCAUACUGUAGGAGAACAUUAUGUUCUUACAGUGUAAACAUGAGAUACAGUUCAUUGGUUUGUGUGAGAAUGUGAUUGAGUCUGGCCACUAGGGGGCGUCCUACACAAGUAUAUUUCUGAAAGAACCUUGCAGGUUGCAAAGGCUGUGAACUGCCAGGCUAACAGGGUAUGGGGGGAGGGGAUAGGAUAGUUAUGCAAUGCUAUAUAUUGGGGAGUAAAGGGUACAACUUGUAUCUGUACUGCAGGUAGUCCUGUUAAAAGAGUUGUCGUUAAUUUUUGUUAAUAUGGCAUAAAUAUUCCUGCAUAUGUGCUAUAUUAUUUUUAAUACAGCGACAAUUGUCUCCUUAUAAUUAAUGUCCAAUUUCAUUUAUUUUUUAUUUUUUUAUUAUUAUAGCCCCUUGGUAUGGAAUGUUUUAAAAUACUGAUGAUGUGCAUUCAUGGUUUGGUUUAGUUUAUUAAAGUGAGUUUUAGUACAUUUUCAAGUGGUUUGCAAACUAUUCACCAAACUAUCCAUGGAAGAAAAACUAAACGUCUUUUAAACUGACUGUUUAGUAAAUUAAGCACUUAAUGAUCAAUCACCUUCUAGCAGAUUUAAUUUCCAGAGGAACCUAUACUCUCUCUAUCCUUGAUCAAUGACAGUAAAUAAAAUAAUGUUUUCAAAAUACAAUUUAAAUGCUCCUGACAAAAAACAAGCAAACAAUGAGAAUUCAUGAAUCACAACCGCACAUCAAGUUAACUGUUUAUAUGGUUAAACCCAAAUAUUGGUUUUGUAUAUAGACAAUGUAUCACAUUUAACUAUAAUGUAUUGCACAAGGCAUUCCAUGAAACAGUUUUGUUAUGCAGUCUGUCUCCAACUAGGGGUAAUGUGCAAUGUAGUAUUAAUGAUAAUACCAAGUAAGUAGUGUCACUGCAUUCUGACAACAAUUCCCACAAUCCCUAGCUCCCUACACCCCUCACUAAACAGUGAACUGCGCUGAAUUGAAAACUGAAUUUGCAAAAAUAUCCAGGCCUAAACUCUUCCCUAUUUACCUGUUUAAAAAAAAAAAAAGAAGUUUGCAAAUGUAAUGUUCAGAGUUUUUAAUCCACCUCAGCUAACUGUUUAGUGAAUAAACCCCUGCAGUCUAAGGCCAUUAGAACCCCUGUGGCCCUUUGCAUAGCAAACCUAUACAUAUUUAAAUAUACAUGCUUCCUUGCAAAAGGGCACUGGCUGUAAAUCAACGACUAUCCAUUUUCAGACUAGGGAAUACAUUUGCAGAUGAAUAGAACAAUAGGGCUUUACUAAACUCUGUUUUGUAGUGAAUUAUAAUAUUAAUUGCAUAAUGUAUUUAAAAAAUAAGCCAGCUGUGACUAUUGAUAAGAUGGACAUUUUCACAUAUGAGCUAUUUUACCUUAACUUUAUUCUAAUUUUAUUAUUUAUAUAUAGCGCCAGCAAAUUCCGUAGCGCUGUACAAUUUGGACUGCACUGUGCUACAAUUUAGAGUUCUUCAACGUUUCACCUCUCUGUAAAUGUUACAAACAACUCUUUGGUUGAUGCAGUAUUUUUGAGGGGCUGCUGUUAGCAAAACCGGAGUUCAUGGCAAUUACAGAAGAUAUAUAUUCUUAUAUAUACCCAUGAAGGCUGACAUUUACUUCUGCACCAUUUUUUGUGUUGUUUUCUUUUAGCAAAACACAAUAAUGAAAAAUAUUUGGCAGAAUGUUUGUUCUGUUCACUGGCUGUGGGCUAGCAGACAGGAGUUGUUUUUUAGCUUUGUGGUUUUGGGAGGGGGAGCUUGCGAUGUUAACCAAUUUUGCAUAUCUAGGGUGACACCAUAUGAUGUCAGCAUUUGCUAUUUAAGAAGGUGGAGCUCUGAAAUAGCAUUCAGUCUGUUGCUUGUUGCAUCAGCAGUCAUAUAAGCUUAGGCUCAGUGCAAGCUUCUCGUACAAACACCUCAGCAUCCACUGUAAAGGAUUUAUCCACCUGCAGGAUAUUUUAUUUGGGGGCAAAUUUUACAAAAAGCAAAACAAAAAACAUUGCAAAAAUGAGCACAGAAAUGUUCAAAGUUCCAAUGGAGGUGGCUGUUUAUGAACUGCAUAAUUUCUCCAUAUCGUUUUUCUCCUCCCUUUUGGGAGCUGAUGUGGUAUCUGUUAAACUGGAUAACAGGUAAAUAUUUGAGUCAUUUAAUAUUGAAUUUACUGAGAUAUAUUUCUGUAAUGACUGCUGGGGAGUAGUUAUAAUGGUGCAAUUAUUUACUGUAUACUAUUUCUAUUCAGUAAUCUAAUCCAGGUGUAGAAUUUUAUUCUGUUUAUUUUUAUUUAAUGAUCUAUACAUUUAUACAUAUAUACAGUUCAAUAGCCAAUCUGGGAGUGAAUGCAUGUUUUUAAGAAAAAAACACAUUCAGAUGGCUACACUUGCACAUAUGCAUACAGUAUGUGUUUUAUUAUUUAAAUUGUAUCUGUGUCACUUUGUAGUUUUAUAAAUUGUCUAAAUAUUGGGUAAACUGAAUUUAUUGAUUAAAUCUAUAUAUACGCAAUCUGGCGCCAGUGAAUCUUAUAUUGGUUUUAACCCCUGGUUAUGCAUAAAGAAUUUCUGCAGACUAUUUAAUAAUUGGUAUUUUGUAAUUAAUACUAUCUGCGGGGUGCAAUGUAAAUAAUAUCCUACGGCAUCUUUGCAUUUCUUCGAUGGAUGGAUUCUGGUUAGAUCAGGAUUAUCCUGGUUUAGACUGGAACAGCCUUGUCUGUUUCCUCCUCUGUGUUUGUCAGUGAAUUGCAAGUGACUUGCUUUGUCUUGUGCUAUUGAGACGGUUUAACCCCCCCUGUAUCUUCAGGGCAGUGCACAUGCAGGAGAGUUAGUCAGCGGUUUUACUUUAUAGACUGUUACCACAAUCAAAAUUAAAUAAACUUAUUAAAUCAGAAACCGGACCGAAACUUGAGAUGAAGUGUGUAUAUAAGCUCGUUACACUCUGCCGUUGCAUUUAACAAAUAUCUGUUUUUGUUUCCUGCAGUGCAUCAGGAGCCAGCGUGGUCGCAAUUGACAACAAAAUCGAGCAAGCCAUGGUAAAUAUCGCCGCUAUAUCUUUUGCAUUUUUGCACAGAAAUAAUUGACAGGCCCAUUACAUAUCUGACUUCUUAGUAUGUGAAAUUAGUAUGCAUUUUGCAUAAAACACAGCAAAAUGUACAUUUAAAUUGAAACAGCGAUUAGUACAGUACAUUCAGGAAAAUAACAUCAUAAAAAUACAGCAAUCGGGUAAAUAAAAUGCCCUGUAUUUUGGCUAUAGCUGAGCUUGCAUAAUUCCAAAGGAAGGGGAGCCUUUGUCCAAGCGUACAGCCAGUGUACAAACAACCCUGGUAUUUUGCAUACUACGUGUGCAGCAAAUCUCCCCCCCCAUCCCUCUCUUCCCUAUGGAUAUAGCUUAUGGCAGGCUUGUUGCUAAGAAGAUUUCCCUGCUGAGGCUCUGAAUCUCAUUGGAUGGAAGAGGACUGCAAUGUAACUUGCAGAGUGCCAGGUUAAGGAUGAAGGAAUCCCAUCCUGCCCUAUGGAAUGGCAAUUGCUGCAGAGCUGACAAAGAAUUAUAUUAAUUAUUUAAUUCUAUUCAUUCCAUAUCAGCUAGAUUAAAGAAUCGUUAAAAACACACGUACAACUUAAAGCCAUUCAUUUUUAAUGAAGUCAUUAACUGGUGGUGUUGCACCAAAUUCAAUUACCAGUCUAUUUACCAUUUUAUUUCUUAGCUUUUUAUAUUAUUGCUUGUAUCGUUAAUAUUAAGUGUCCCUUACUCCUGACUACCUAAUUCAUUUCAUAAAAUUUAACUACUUUAAUUUCUUCACGGACAACCAUAAAUAUAUAACAAAGAUAUUUUUCAAUGUGCUAGUACAAUAAGAACAUUAUUCUGUAAUGUGGCUAAUGCAGAAAUAAUUAGCUUGAAUCUGGAAUCACGUGUUAAUAUACAUUUCACAGAUGUUAUCUUUAUUAAUUCAUUUUCCAGGACAGUGAGAUCACAUUGAUUUAUGGAUGUUUUUUUUUUUUCUUUUUUUCCCCUCAGGAUCUGGUAAAAAAUCAUCUCAUGUAUGCAGUUCGGGAAGAGGUAGAGGUUUUAAAAGAACAAAUUAAGGAACUGGUUGAGAAGAAUUCUCAACUUGAGAAAGAAAAUUGUCUACUCAAGAACCUGGCCAGCCCUGAACAGAUGAAGAAGUUCCAGUCCAGACUACCUUCUGAUGAAACAACAGGAAUGUCAAGUCUAGCUUUCCUCCACACAUCAUCCCAACCACGCUCAGCCGGCUCUGCAGUUUAAGUGGCUCUGCCUUUGGAGUGGGCAGAGCCACUGAACUUUUACUACUUGUCUCCUUUGAUAAAUGAGAAAAAAAUGUCAUUUUUUUCCCCCUCUCUUUAAAGUGUCAUUUUGGCCUGGAGGGUCGUUGACUAGCCUCAACUGGCAUAAAGAGAUGCAUCAGGGCUAGUGAUGGCUUCCUCACGCAUCUUUUCUUAAAUGGAAGAGUGAGAGAAGCCAUUCAUGAACUGUUUAAGAAGAGUUCAAGCCAGAGAGGGCUUGUUCAAUAUGGGACUGGCCUCUCCUGGCUUCAGGCUUUUGAUUUCAAGGCUGAGGUGAUAGCAGCUAUUGCUGAAGAAGACCACAGAAUGCUGUAGUCAGAGUUCACCAACUGCGGAAUACAAAGUCGAUAAGAGGAUCUCUAUAUAGAACUCACAACAAACUGUUCCAAUGUGGAAAAACAAGUUACUUCCAGGAACAAGAAGAAGGUGUAGGACAGUUGCUCCAUUUUUAUUGCAUUACUAAGCACUGUUUGAUGCAGCACUUUGAAAUGGAGAUCUGUUUUUUUUUAGUUUUUUUUAAAUUUGUUUGUAGCAACUAUCUGCUGUCAAGAAUUAUGAUUCUGCUGGACUCUUAAAAUCACCAGAAUAUGAGGACUCGAUAGCUAAUGUUCAACCUUUUUUAUGUAGUUAGUAUGGUAUCCGAAGACUUGGAAAAAUGCUACAUUUAACAUGGACAGUGUUUUCAUUUAUGUUGACGUCUGUCUUUUUAUAACUGUCUACAAUACGUCUUUUUAUUUUUUUAUCUGUCUGUCUGAUUUUCAACUGUCUCAAUGCCAGAGCACAAUGGCUGACAAGGGGCCUCCAGAUAAAGCUCACACAAGACACUUUAAACUCCGGGAAAUAUAAUAGACUAUGGACUAUUUGCUGCAAUAUUAAUGACUUGUGGACUAAAUAUGCCAAUGAUUACCUUAUAAGGCUCGUUGGCUAAUAUCUCCUGCUGUUUGUUUUACUGUCAGAGUGAAUUACGGCUAUGUACAUAACCUAACUAAACCUGCAAUAAACCAUUUUUUAUAUACAUAUAUAA